AUGACUCUGAUCGUCGCUAACAGGCCCCACGUGAGUUGUGUGUGUGUGCGUGCAUGCGUGCUGCGCUACGGGAGACACCUCUUCUUUCCUGCUCUCUCACAGCCGGCUCUCCACCUGUUAGGCUACUCCAUAGGAAAUCAGCAAUCAGCUCUCUGUCUCUCUCCGGGAAAAGGAAAUGAUUCUAAUUUCUACUUUUCUUCUGGUUCCUCACUUGGGCAAAGUGGUGGAACCACGGCCUGUGUUUACACACUGGACCCUGGAUGGUGUAGACAGUGAUUUGUUUUGGGAAAACAUGCUGUUCCACAGUGAAAUGGGUUGGUAUGCUGAUUCAGGUUGAGCACAGCAGCACACUGUGCCAUGGAAAGUUAGAUAGAAUUACUGGGAUUUAAACCAGCAGUCUUCAGAUAACCAUUUCCUCACCAGCUAUGACAGCAUUCUCUGGUAGCACCACCCCAAAAUAUGAUUCCUUUAAAUGGUAGUGUGGUUCCUAUACACCUAUAUUACAAACAGACAAGGAUUACUUCACUGAUCAGCAUGUGUCUCUGUAUCACCUCACUGAUCAGCAUGUGUCUCUGUAUCACCUCACUGACCAGCCUGUGUCUCUGUAUCACCACACUGACCAGUCUCUGUAUCCUCCUAGAUCACCACACUGAUCAACCACAAAGACAAGCCGAAGAAGUCGGAGCGGACCCAGCAGGCCAUCCAGAGAGUGGGCCAGGCCGUCAGCGUUGCUGUGGGACGCUUUGUUGCCGUAGGCGAGGCCAUCGCCGUGGAGAACGAGGAGCUGAAGGAGGAGAUGGGCAUGGCUUGUUUCGAGGCCCGCAGAGCAGGUAAUUAGGUCUGUGUCUGAAAUGGCAUCCUUUUCCCUAUGUAGUAGUGAUGUGGGAAAAGAUCGAUACAGUUACAUAUUGGGAUAUAUCGUAUCCUAUCGUUUUGACAAUAACUCAAUAUUAUUUUUUGCGCUAUUUGGGUGUACCUGCUCCAAAACGCAAUAAAAUCACUAUCGAAUCGCAAUACAUAUAGAAUCAUGAGAAUUGCAAUAAAUAUAUCGGAUCGGCACCUAAGUAUCAUGAUAAUAUCGUAUUGUGAGGUCCCUGGCAAUUCCCAGCCCUACCAUCUAGUGCACUACUUUUGACCAAAGCCCCAUACGAGCCCUGGUCAAAAGUAGUGCACUAUAUAGGGAAUAGGAUGCCAUUUCGGAUGCAGUCUAGGAGUCCAACUAACGGAGUGUUUUUGGGAUUGUUUUCAUCAUAAAUAAAUGGUUUAAAAUGUGUUUUCCUUCAAGACAUCACUCUGCCUAUCAAACACAACCGCACCGGAGGCAUCCAGAAGUUGGAGGCUUUGUUGUUUUUGUUCGUUUUGAGUGAAGUUGAGUUGAAGUUUGUAAGACUUAAGGCUAAAGUGAAGUGAACAGAGUUACUUCUGCUCUUGCUUGAGGGGGGAAAUGCAGAGACAGAGAAAAUAACAGUGUGAGUCAGGUUUGGAGAGGUAGAGAGCUGUGUCAUGGUUCUGAUUUGAGGCUGAAGUGUUUGUGUACCAGGCAGUGCUGCAGGCAUAAUGAAGGCUUUCUGAGGUUUGUCUUCUGGACAGAGUUCACUCGUCUGCAGUAUCGACUCUUGCUCAGAGGGAGAGAGAGAGAUUGUCUCUAGCCUCAGCUGUCGGCGGUUGCAUCCUUUGCUUACAAAUAAUUGAGGCAAAAAGAGAGAGUAAAUGGAGAGGGAGAUGUGACCGCUGUUUCCCACUUGUGCCCCCCCUCUUUCAACACUCUUCGCGGGAGGAGGAUAUCUACACCGCGGCUAUCACCACCCUUUCAACUGAACAGUGUAAUAUAUUUUUGAGCCGGCUUUGCAACUCUUAUCAAGCGAAAAAUAGCAAGAUGAAUACGGGGACAAAGCCUAAAGCCUGAAGCCCAAUUGCAGUCUUAUCCUGUUGAUAAGUCCAAAACAAAAUCUCACAGGAUAAGAAUUAAGAAUUUAGACCCCCAACACAGUGGAUAAUAGGUUUAUGUUUGGGAGAACCGGCAUGUGUAACAGUGUCUUUUAAUCCCCCAGUGUGCUGAUUUGAAAAGGGCUGAACCCAUACAAAAGAGAGCUAGUGGGAAUUGUCAGCCAGAGUGGCCCACUGUGGCCAAUUUAUUCCUUCUACUCCUAUCUGCCAUCUUACCUUCUAUACUCUAUUGAGAUAAUAUUUGACGUUCACCAUUAAAAAGAGAGAAUGUGAACUUUUCCCUCUGUCAUUUUGGGACGGAAUGAAGUUGUCUUCUCUGUGAUAGAAGGAAAGAGAGGUAAAGCUUUAAAUCUGCAGGAAAGGAUUGAUGGCCUCUUAACGUGUAGCCAGACGGAGGGAGAGACUAAGCAGGACUCCUCCAACGCAGGAAGGGAGACAGGCAGGCAGGAAGAAAGACGGGCAGGCAGGAAGGUACACGGACAGGCAGGAAGGGAGACGGGCAGGCAAGAAGGGAGACGGGCAGGCAGGAAGGUACAUGGACAGGCAGGAAGGGAGACGGGCAGGCAGGAAGGGAGACAGGCAGGCAGGAAGGGAGACGGGCAGGCAGGAAGGGAGACGGGCAGGCAGGAAGGGAGACGGGCAGGCAGGAAGGGGGACGGGCAGGCAGGAAGGGAGACGGGCAGGCAGGACGGAGGACGGGCAGGCAGGAAGGGAUUCGGGCUGGCAGGAAGGAGGACGGGGGGGCAGUGAUGGAGGCAGCAGGCAGGGAGGGAGGCAGGCAGCAUAAUCAAAUAAAUAAAAAAGGUGAUUACAUUACUUUAAUUUGGUGAUUUCCAUCAUGGGGCGACAUCGUAGAUAGGGGGCACUGAGGCUGAGUUGUUGGUUUCAGUCUGUUCUGUUGGACCAGUCCAAACAAAUGAAUGUCUCUAACUGAGGUUUUAGGAGGCAAAUACUAUAUUAAGAGUUUUGGAUAGUGAGUGUUUAAAAGGCACCUAGGUCCUGUAUCUCACCAACCGUCUGUCAGUGCAACCUGCAGGCUGUAGACUACAUAGCAUCACAAUCACCCUGUUAUAAGACUAUCUUUAUGGUAAGGACUUGUUAAAGGACUCCACAGAUGUUAAUCAAGUCAAGUGUACAAUUCCCAUUGAAAGAGAGCUUAGCGAUAAAGAGACGUGCUCAAUAAAUUGCUGUUCUCUCUGCACAACUCAAACCCAUGUUUCACAAGAAGAACAAGGUCAGGAUAGAACAAAUGGGGGAACAAACACACCGUGACGAGUCUGGCCUAGAACAAGAAUGCGAAUGAGCAACACUGUUACAACACUGUUGUGAAGCAAAAUAGGGGAACCCUUAUGUGAUGGAGGGGGAAUCUGGCAUAGCAUCAUCAUGCUCCGUGCUUAUUCCGGAGCCUAUUCUGGGGUUCAGCAGCAUUCUUUGUGAGCCAGGCUGAAUGUUUCAGCUGGUUUGUGGCAUUCUGGCAUCCGGAUGCAAUCAGUGCAUCAUUGCACUUUCUUUUGGAAUGCAAGCCAACCCAAAUAAGGAGGCAAACCAUGUAUCCAACGUAAGACAAGUCUCUCUCUCUUCGCCCUCCUCCCUCUCUCUCUCUCUCUCUCUCUCUCUCUCUCUCUCUCUGUACUGCCUGAGACUGUUGUGGUUAAGGUUCUUCAGUAUUUGUGUGUUCAUUUUCCUUUAUUUGCCGUCCUUUUCCCUCGUCCACCCAGGGUUGUUUUGGAAUUUCGUGAACGAACUAUGACCCUCCAGUGUACCAGCCGCUCAGUGUGAAAUGGCCUGGUCAUGCCUCUCAGAGGGCCUGCCAAUUGGGCCCUGGCAUUGGCUGGCAUCACAUUGCUGCAGUGCCACCGGGCUGAAUAUAAUCCUCCUGUGCCAGCCUGCCUGUUAAGGAUGAGAUGUUCCUACUGGGGUUUAUGGUGCUGCUGUUGACUGACAGGAGAGGGGGCACCAACCAUGGGAGGGAACCUAAGGGGCUUUAGCUAGCUAAACAUCUCAAACAAAGUGAAGCUGAAUUCUAGAUGUCACAUUUUGAACACAUUUUUGGAUAAUGGGGUUUGCAUGAAACACUAAAUGAUGAGCUCUCUGGGAGGAUUGUUUGAAAGACACUUACCACUGUGAAGCAGUAUGACCAAGUAUUAGAAAAUGGAGAUACAGUGAAAAUUGAUAUGGUACCUCUGAAAAUGUUGUAUGGCAUUUGUAUGCUGAAUGAUAUAGAAAAAUCCCUAUAGAUUUGAUCAUCCUCCUCUUCCUCCUCCUCCUCAUCACCAUGAUCAUCCUCAUCACCAUCAUCCUCCUCCUCAUCACCAUGAUCAUCCUCAUCAUCCUCUUCCUCAUCCUCCUCAUCACCAUGAUCAUCCUCAUCACCAUCAUUCUCCACCUCCUUUUGUCCUUUUUGUCCUAGGGGAUGCCAUAGCCAAGCUGACAGAUGUUGGGACGCCGGUGGCCCCCCCUGUGGACGGACGCAACACAGUGUUCAGUGACCGGACAGGCAUGGUGAAGGCCGCCCGCAUGCUCCUCUCCUCCGUCACCAAAGUCCUGGUCCUCGCAGACCGCAUCGUCAUCAAACAGAUCAUCACCUCACGCAACAAAGUAGGUAUCGAUUCCUACCACACAGUGGGAUACACACACAUCAUAGACACAAUAUACAUUUAGAUAUAGGGCCAUAGAUGCACACUGACACAAUGUAGAUCUAGGGCCAUACAGUGAGGGGAACAAAGUAUUUGAUCCCCUGGUGAUUUUGUACGUUUGCCCACUGACAAAGAAAUUAUCAGUCUAUAAUUUUAAUGGUAUGUUUAUUUAUAACAUUUGAACAGUGAGAGACAGAAUAACAACAAAAAAAUCCAGAAAAACGCAUGUAAAAAAUGUUAUAAAUUGAUUUGCAUUUUAAUGAGGGAAGUAAGUAUUUGACCCCCUCUCAAUCAGAAAGAUUUCUGGCUCCCAGGUGUCUUUUAUACAGGUAACAAGCUGAGAUUAGGAGCACACUCUUAAAGGGAGUGCUCCUAAUCUCAGCUUGUUACCUGUAUAAAAGACACCUGUCCACAGAAGCAAUCAAUCAAUCAGAUUCCAAACUCUCCACCAUGGCCAAGACCAAAGAGCUCUCCAAGGAUGUUAGGGACAAGAUUGUAGACCUACACAAGGCUGGAAUGGGCUACAAGACCAUCGCCAAGCAGCUUGGUGAGAAGGUGACAACAGUUGGUGCGAUUAUUCGCAAAUGGAAGAAACACAAAAGAACUGUCAAUCUCCCUCGGCCUGGGGCUCCAUGCAAGAUCUCACCUCGUGGAGUUGCAAUGAUCAUGAGAACAGUGAGGAAUCAGCCCAGAACUACACGGGAGGAUCUUGUCAAUGAUCUUAAGGCAGCUGGGACCAUAGUCACCAAGAAAACAAUUGGUAACACACUACGCCGUGAAGGACUGAAAUCCUGCAGCGACCGCAAGGUCCCCCUGCUCAAGAAAGCACAUAUACAGGCCCGUCUGAAGUUUGCCAAUGAACAUCUGAAUGAUUCAUAGGAGAACUGGGUGAAAGUAUUGUGGUCAGAUGAGACCAAAAUCGAGCUCUUUGGCAUCAACUCAACUCGCUGUGUUUGGAGGAGGAGGAAUGCUGCCUAUGACCCCAAGAACACCAUCCCCACCGUCAAACAUGGAGGUGGAAACAUUAUGCUUUGGGGGUGUUUUUCUGCUAAGGGGACAGGACAACUUCACCGCAUCAAAGGGACGAUGGACGGGGCCAUGUACCGUCAAAUCUUGGGUGAGAACCUCCUUCCCUCAGCCAAGGCAUUGAAAAUGGGUCGUGGAUGGGUAUUCCAGCAUGACAAUGACCCAAAACACACGGCUAAGGCAACAAAGGAGUGGCUCAAGAAGAAGCACAUUAAGGUCCUGGAGUGGCCUAGCCAGUCUCCAGACCUUAAUCCCAUAGAAAAUAUGUGGAGGGAGCUGAAGGUUCGAGUUGCCAAACGUCAGCCUCGAAACCUUAAUGACUUGGAGAAGAUCUGCAAAGAGGAGUAGGACAAAAUCCCUCCUGAGAUAUGUGCAAACCUGGUGGCCAACUAUAAGAAACGUCUGACCUCUGUGAUUGCCAACAUGGGUUUUAACACCAAGUACUAAGUCAUGUUUUGCAGAGGGAUCAAAUACUUAUUUCCCUCAUUAAAAUGCAAAUGAAUUUAUAACAUUUUUGACAUGUGUUUUUCUGGAUUGUUUUGUUGUUAUUCUGUCUCUCACUGUUCAAAUAAACGUACCAUUAAAAUUAUAGACUGAUCAUAUCUUUGUCAGUGGGCAAACGUACAAAAUCAGCAGGGGAUCAAAUACUUUUUUCCCUCACUGUAGAUGCAUACAGACACAAUGUAGAUAUAGGGCCAUAGAUGCACACUGACACAGAUACACAGAACAAAGUACAGUGGGGAAAAAAAGUAUUUAGUCAGCCACCAAUUGUGCAAGUUCUCCCACUUAAAAAGAUGAGAGAGGCCUGUAAUUUUCAUCAUAGGUACACGUCAACUAUGACAGACAAAAUGAGAAAAAGAAAUCCAGAAAAUCACAUUGUAGGAUUUUUAAUGAAUUUAUUUGCAAAUUAUGGUGGAAAAUAAGUAUUUGGUCAAUGACAAAAGUUUCUCAAUACUUUGUUAUAUACCCUUUGUUGGCAAUGACACAGGUCAAAUGUUUUCUGUAAGUCUUCACAAGGUUUUCACACACUGUUGCUGGUAUUUUGGCCCAUUCCUCCAUGCAGAUCUCCUCUAGAGCAGUGAUGUUUUGGGGCUGUCGCUGGGCAACACGGACUUUCAACUCCCUCCAAAGAUUUUCUAUGGGGUUGAGAUCUGGAGACUGGCUAGGCCACUCCAGGACCUUGAAAUGCUUCUUACGAAGCCACUCCUUUGUUGCCCGGGCGGUGUGUUUGGGAUCAUUGUCAUGCUGAAAGACCCAGCCACGUUUCAUCUUCAAUGCCCUUGCUGAUGGAAGGAGGUUUUCACUCAAAAUCUCACGAUACAUGGCCCCAUUCAUUCUUUCCUUUACAUGGAUCAGUCGUCAUGGUCCCUUUGCAGAAAAACAGCCCCAAAGCAUGAUGUUUCCACCCCCAUGCUUCACAGUAGGUAUGGUGUUCUUUGGAUGCAACUCAGCAUUCUUUGUCCUUGAGUUGAGUUUUUACCAAAAAGUUCUAUUUUGGUUUCAUCUGACCAUAUGACAUUCUCCCAAUCCUCUUCUGGAUCAUCCAAAUGCACUCUAGCAAACUUCAGACGGGCCUGGACAUGUACUGGCUUAAGCAGGGGGACACGUCUGGCACUGCAGAAUUUGAGUCCCUGGCGGCGUAGUGUGUUACUGAUGGUAGGCUUUGUUACUUUGGUCCCAGCUCUCUGCAGGUUAUUCACUAGGUCCUCCCGUGUGGUUCUGGGAUUUUUGCUCACCGUUCUUGUGAUCAUUUUGACCCCACGGGGUGAGAUCUUGCAUGGAGCCCCAGAUCGAGGGAGAUUAUCAAUGGUCUUGUAUGUCUUCCAUUUCCUAAUAAUUGCUCCCACAGUUGAUUUCUUCAAACCAAGCUGCUUACCUAUUGCAGAUUCAGUCUUCCCAGCCUGGUGCAGGUCUACAAUUUUGUUUCUGGUGUCCUUUGACAGCUCUUUGGUCUUGGCCAUAGUGGAGUUUGGAGUGUGACUGUUUGAGGUUGUGGACAGGUGUCUUUUAUACUGAUAACAAGUUCAAACAGGUGCCAUUAAUACAGGUGGAGGACAGAGGAGCCUCUUAACGAAGAAGUUACAGGUCUGUGAGAGACAGAAAUCUUGCUCGUUUUUUGUAGGUAACCAAAUACUUAUUUUCCACCAUAAUUUGCAAAUAAAUUCAUUAAAAAUCCUACAAUGUGAUUUUCUGGAUUUUCUUUUCUCAUUUUGUCUGUCAUAGUUGACGUGUACCUAUGAUGAAAAUGACAGGCCUCUCUCAUCUUUUUAAGUGGGAGAACUUGCACAAUUGGUGGCUGACUAAAUACUUUUUUCCCCCACUGUAGGUACACACAGAGACACACACACACACAAGCAGGUGCGCACAAACACACACACCAGUGGCAGUCUGUGCCGUUUAAGAUAAGGCAGGACGAUUCUUUUUUUAAUGAGCAUGGCGUUAUUUCUAUUCCAGCAUAUUGGAUGACUGUCAUUCAUAUUCCAUUCACCCAGCUCAAUGUAACAUCGAUAGGUUUAGGCUGCAUCUAGCUGAUCUAGGGUGUAAUCAUUAGUCCCAACAGUUGCAAACAAGUUUCUAUUGGACAACUUCAGGUAUGUUUAUCCCUGUUUGUUUCCAUUUAAGUAAUGUUUUUCAACAGAAUCGGCGGAAUGAAUACACCCCUGAUCACACCCAAACACAGUUCACUUUCAUAGCAGCCAACAUACAAACAGCAUGAUCCCUUUGAUCGUUGGAUAAUUCCUUCUCUCAUCUACGCGUUUUCUUCCUCUCACCUUUUCCAUUCACUUGUGAACUUAAAUGCACAACACAUCAGCUGUAUGUGACCAGGUGAAAAAAACAAAACGUUACAAGCCAAACCUUCAUAUCAUAACCGCUAACCGCUACACACAGCUUACAUCAUUGUCACCAUAUUAGCUAACGUCAAGUCAACAUAGCUACUAGAACUAAUACGUUGGUAAACCCGCUACAGUCAUGCAGUACAGUGUACAGUUAGCAAGCAGUUUAGCAGUUACACGUUCAGGGCCCCGGUGGCAAUAAAUUAAUAAAACCAAAAGCUUACCUUGACUUGGAAGAGUUCCAGUGUUGGAUAGCCAACAAGGUAACAUAGCAUCUGUCUCUGUUUGAUCCGGGUGUUUGAGUAGGCUAAACUAGAUAGCUGCAUUUGCUAGCUAAGUAAGUGAAAGUGAAAAAAAAAAAACGAAAUAUAUAGCUAUCUCUCUCUCUUUGAGUCAACUACUCACCACAUUUUAUGCACUGCAGUGCUAGCUAGCUGUAGCUUAUGCUUUGAUUGGGUGGACAGCAUGUCAGUUCAUGCUACAAGAGCUCUGAUAGGUUGUAGGAAGUUGUCAUAAUUACUGUGUAAGUCUAUGGAAGGGGGUGAGAAACAUGAGCCUCCUAGGUUUUGUAUUGAACUCAAUGUACCCAGAGGAGGACGGAAACUAGCUGUCCUCUGGCUACACCAUGGUGCUACCCUACAGAGUGCUGUUGAGGCUAAUGUAGACCUUCAUUGCAAAACAUUGUGUUUUAAUCAAUUAUUUGUUGACGUGAAUAUAUUUAGUAUAGUGUUAUCUAAAAAUGAUGACUUAUUUUUUUUUCCCACUAUUUUUAUUUUUAUGAAAUUCACUGAGGAGGAUGGUCCUCCCCUUUCCUCCUCUGAGGAGCCUUCACUGACACAACACACACACACACACACACACACACACACACACACACACACACACACACACACACACACACACACACACACACACACACACACACAAACGCCCAGCACUGGCGACUCCAUCCAGUCUUUCAGAUCUUAUCGGAGCUCCAUGAUACAGUACAGGAGAACUCCGUCCUCUGCUGCUCUGGAGAUAACAGAAGAAGCACAUUUACCAUUUCUCUACCUGGUGCUUUCAGGAAGGGGAUGUGCUCACACACGGGGUCCUGGGGGGUAAGGGCCUGUUUGGUCUAGUCUAGUAAGGCCUGUUUGGACAGACUGGGGACGGGGCUGCUCCCAUUACUGGCAAACACAAUUUAAUUUUGAACCCUGUCUCUGUCUGAUAACAGCCUAGCUCUUCUGCCUGGCCUGCAGGAUGUCACUACUGUUUACCCUUCGAGAGCCAGGCCAAGCCUCUGAUGCACACACACACCACACACACCAUCACACUCACAAUCUCUCUCUCACACACACACACACCAUCACACUCACCAUCUCUCUCUCACACACACACACAUACACACACACACUGCUCCAGAUGGAUGGAUCACAGCGUUAUAUAAUUGAUGUUUUUGGGGGGUCUGAGGUGUGAAAGGUUUGAUGCAUUAUGCAUCAGCUGACUUUGUUUGGUGAUGCAUAUGUCAGGUUAAACCAUGUAUCUUUGUUGGGUGAUGCAUGUGUCAGGUCAGACCAAGUUGUGUCUAAAUGCAAUACAGAUAAUAUGCUACCAGGAAUCUAUCUAGGUAUGUAUUAGCCUUAAGCGGUAUACCGUAUACCGGGGUAAAAAUAGCCACUGGAUUGUUAUUCAAUGCCAUCAAUACCGUUAACUAUUUCAAGUUUUUCAAUAAAUUGUAAUAUUUGUAGCUAUCUGCAGUCAACUUGUGCAAUGCGUUAGGAGAUAAAGCAUGUUCUUCAUUUUACCCUUCACAUUAUUUUACAUUGUGAAGAUUUAUAUACUGAACAAAAAUAUAAACGCAACAUGUAAAGUGUUGGUCCCAUGUUUCAUGAGCUGAAAUAAAAGAUCCCAGAAAUGUUCCAUACGCAGAAGAAGCUUGUUUCUCUCAAAUUUUGGGCACAAAUUUGUUUCCAUCCCUGUUAGUGAGCAUUUCUCCUUUGCCAAGAUGAUCCAUCCACCUGACAGGUGUGGCAUAUCAAGAUGCUGAUUAAACACCAUGAUCAUUACACAGGUGCACCUUGUGCUGGGAACAAUAAAAGGCCACUCUAAAAUGUGCAGUUUUAUCACACAACACAAUGCCACAGAUGUCUCAAGUUUUGAGGAAGCGUGGAAUUGGCAUGCAGACUGCAGAAAUGUCCACCAGAGCUGUUGCCAGAUAAUGUAAUGUUAAUUUCUCUACCAUAAGCCGCCAACAUUGUUUUAGAGAAUUUGGCAGUACGGCCAACAGGUUUCAUAACCACAGACCACGUGUAACCACGCCAGCCCAGGACCUCCACAUCCGGCUUCUUCACCUGCGGGAUCGUCGGAGACCAGCCACCAGGACAGCUGAUGAAACUGAGGAGUAUUUCUGUCUGUAACAAAGCCCUUCUGUGGGGAAAAACUGUGCCCCUGCCCAGUUGUGAAAUCCAUAGAUUAGGGCCUAAUGAAUUUAUUUCAAUUGACUGAUUUCCUUAUAUGAACUGUAACUCAGUAAAAUCGUUGAAAUUGUUGCGUUUAUAUUUUUGUUCAGUACAGUUCCCAGAACAGUUGAUCUACAUUUACAUUUACGUCAUUUAGCAGACGCUCUUAUCCAGAGCGACUUACAAAUUGGUGCAUUCACCCUAUAGCCAGUGGGAUAACCACUUUACAAUUAUUAUUAUUUAAUUUAAAAAAAUUAUUUGGGGGGGUAGAAGGAUUACUUUAUCCUAUCCCAGGUAUUCCUUAAAGAGGUGGGGUUUCAAAUGUCUCCGGAAGGUGGUGAGUGACUCCGCUGUCCUGGCGUCGUGAGGGAGCUUGUUCCACCAUUGGGGUGCCAGAGCAGCGAACAGUUUUGACUGGGCUGAGCGGGAACUAUGCUUCCGCAGAGGAAGGGGAGCCAGCAGGCCAGAGGUGGAUGAACGCAAUGCCCUCGUUUGGGUGUAGGGACUGAUCAGAGCCUGAAGGUACGGAGGUGCCGUUCCCCUCACAGCUCCAUAGGCAAGCACCAUGGUCUUGUAACAUGUGAGCUUCAACUGGAAGCCAGUGGAGUGUGCGGAGGAGCGGGGUGACGUGAGAGAACUUGGGAAGGUUGAACACCAGACGGGCUGCGGCAUUCUGGAUGAGUUGUAGGGGUUUAAUGGCACAGGCAGGGAGCCCAGCCAACAGCGAGUUGCAGUAAUCCAGACGGGAGAUGACAAGUGCCUGGAUUAGGACCUGUGCCGCUUCCUGUGUAAGGCAGGGUCGUACUCUCCGAAUGUUGUAGAGCAUGAACCUGCAGGAUCGGGUCACCGCCUUGAUGUUAGCGGAGAACGACAGGGUGUUGUCCAGGGUCACGCCAAGGCUCUUCGCACUCUGGGAGGAGGACACAACGGAGUUGUCAACCGUGAUGGCGAGAUCAUGGAACGGGCAGUCCUUCCCCGGGAGGAAGAGCAGCUCCGUCUUGCCAAGGUUCAGCUUGAGGUGGUGAUCCGUCAUCCAUACUGAUAUGUCUGCCAGACAUGCAGAGAUGCGAUUCGCCACCUGGUUAUCAGAAGGGGGAAAGGAGAAGAUUAGUUGUGUAUCGUCAGCGUAGCAAUGAUAGGAGAGGCCAUGUGAGGAUAUGACAGAGCCAAGUGACUUGGUGUAUAGCGAGAAUAGGAGAGGGCCUAGAACUGAGCCCUGGGGGACACCAGUGGUGAGAGCACGUAGUGCGGAGACAGCUUCUCGCCACGCCACUUGGUAGGAGCGACCGGUCAGGUAGGACGCAAUCCAAGAGUGAGCCGCGCCGGAGAUGCCCAGCUCGGAGAGGGUGGAGAGGAGGAUCUGAUGGUUCACAGUAUCAAAGGCAGCAGACAGGUCUAGAAGGACAAGCACGUGUUUGUUUGUAAAUAGCACUACUGGUGAAAGCUAGUCCAGCUGUGUAUUGACAAGGGUCAAGUGUUUUUUUUUUUUUCUUCAAUAGAGGGAUGAGGGACGUGCAACUAUAGUUUUCCUUCACAGAAAAUACAUUAGUGCAACACAUUAGGCAGAAAAUAGCUUCAUUUUCAUGAACAGAAGUGGAACACUAUUUGUCUGGCAGCCACACAAGUAAAUUUGUUUUUUGCUAAAACAAUGCAUGACCAUCAUAUUGCUAUUGUUUAUCAUUGAAAGAAUGUAGCCAGCUACAUUUCCUAAUGUUUUGCUUAGAGUUCCAUCUUGCAUUUUACCUGAGGAAAGUAGGCUGCCUAGUGCCUACACGGAGAAGAAACUUACACAGUCAGAGUGCUGUCUGCAGAUAGAAUGCCCGUUCGUGAAUUCUCAUCUGAGUUCAGAAGUGCAACUUCAGCACAAAAUUAGUAUGAUGCCAAGCAGAAAUUACAGUAAGAUGCAUUUUAGAUCUGCAUUUACAAAACGCAGCAUGAGAUUUCUUACGCGUGUUAUUUUUGUUCCUGUGUGAAAAAUUAAGAAUUCUGCGUUAACGUGACCCCUAAGUAAGUUACUGAAUUAAUAAGGUGACGGGGCAUCAUAUGAUGUAAUCUUUGUGCCGUGUUUGAGAACUCAACACCCUUUGGAUGAGUUAUCUGUACAGCUGCCACUGCUAUCUUUUGAUUUCCUUGCAUUUCUCUCCUCUCUGUUCUUCGCCUGUCUGCUCCUCCCCCAUCUUCUCAGAGCAGAGCAGGCAGGCCCGUUGCCACUAGCGACUCCAGACAGCGUGUACACAUGCGGCUUCAGAGCAGACAAGCAUGCGUCAAAACGUUGUUCAUUUGCACAAUGUAUCUUGUUCACGUUCGAUUGUAAAUGUCCAGACUCACCAAAAAUGACAUUCGGUAGCUCCUACCUAUAUGUGUUGUGAUGUUUAAAAAACACACGUGUUCUCAGUUGAACCUGAUGUUUAUCUCAUCGAGUAGCGUCUCAAAAAUACAACGGAAAUAGAACCACCAAAUCACCUAGUCUUUUCGGAUAAAAAAACAUAUAAACAAAAUAGACUGUCCAGUCGAUGAUACGAAUCUAGACGAUCAGUGAUCAACAUAUGUAUAACUUUAUGAGCUGGUUUGCCUGUCUUUGCAAUUUGUUUAUUUUCGUUUACUCUCGUUAGCAUAUUUAGCUAGCAGCCUCCAUGGAAAUUCGCUAUUACUUGUGCUAAUUUUGUAAUUCUGGUAACAGAUGCACAAUGUUUUUUGCGUCUCGUGUACUAAACUGGUAAUACCGUAAAUCCCGGAAUGAGAGAAGGACGGUAUGACGAUAUGAAAAUCAUAUGUCAUAAAGUAACACGCAUAUAACAUAUACUCUGUUCCGUUCCUUUUGCAGAGAAAUCACAGGUCACCCCUUACCCCACCCUGUGUGUUCCAGUGUGUACAGUAGAGGUGAUUGGGGUAAAUCACUGUGAUUUGAUUGGUUUCUCAAGUGCCACCCAGCCUCAGGGCCAGAGUGAUCUGCUGAGACAUGGAGACAUGACCAUCAAUCCUCCUUCCUCUCCCUCGCUCCCCCUCUCUCCCCGUUCACCAGACGAUUGGGACACGAUUCCACUUCCUGUCACAAUGACCUUUUCCUGUUUCUACAGACAGGUCCUCGACGUCGUUGCAGUCAGUCAGUCAUUGACAAGCUGGUCUACUGAACACUUUGGCUUGAAAGCGUGGAAAGUGAACGUGAUGGCCAUCACUUGUAUGACGAGGCCCACAUUGAGUCUGCGUAACAAUUUGCUUUGCUGCCUCGUUCUGUAUCUAUAACCCCAUUCACACACACAUCUUAACGGUGUCACAGCAACUUUACUCCAUCUCUCAAGACCUGGUUCGGGUAGAAAGCUGGAGCCAUCUUUGAGUUCUGUGUAUAAUAUUUGAUGUUUAAGUCGAGUUGUUAUGUGUAAUGUGUGGGAGUCAGCGAUAGUUACUGUAGUAGUGUUCCUGAUUUACCCAGGUGCUAGUAACCUUGGAGCAGCUGGAGAGAGUGAGCACCUUCCAGGAGUUUGUCCAGAUCUUCAGCCAGUUUGGGAACCAAAUGGUGGAAUUCGCCCACCUGACCGGGGACAGACAGAAUGUAAGUACCGUCCCACUCGAAAAGAGUAUUGGUCAAGACACUCUUCUUUCCCCUCCAGCUCUCUCUCUCUCUCGCUAUCGCUAAUGCUAUUUGGCCCUAAACAGAUCUCUCUCUCUCUCUAAUGCUAUUUGGCCCUAAACAGAGAGUACACAGUGGCAGAAUACCUGACCACUGUGACUGACACAAAAUUAAGGAAAGCUUUGACUAUGUACAGACACAGUGAGCAUAGUCUUGCUAUUGAGAAAGGCCCCCGUAGGCAGACCUGGCUCUCAAGAGAAGACAGGCUAUGUGCACACUGUCCACAAAAUGAGGUGGAAUCUGAGCUGCACUUCCUUACCUCUUGCCAAAUGUAUGACCAUAUUAGAGACACAUAUUUCCCUCAGAUUACACAGACCCACAAAGAAUUCCAAAACAAAUCCAAUUUUGAUAAACUCCCAUAUCCAUAUCUAUACCACAGUGUGCAAUCACAGCAGCAAGAUGUGUGACCUGUUGCCACAAGAAAAGGGCAACCAGUGAAGAACAAACACCAUUGUAAAUACAACCCAUAUUUAUUUAUUUUCCCUUUUGUACUUUAACUAUUUGCACAUCGUUACAACACUCUAUAUAGACAUAAUAUGACAUUUGAAAUGUCUUUAUUCCUUUGGAACUUGUGUGAGUAAUAUUUACUGUUCACUUUUUAUUGUUUAUUUCACUUUUGUUUAUCCAUUUCACUUGCUUUGGCAACGUAAACAUGUUUCCCAUGACAAUACAGCCCAUUAAAUUGAAUUGAGAGAGAGAUAAACUAUAAAGGUCUAAAUGCCAUGGGCUUUCCAGCUUGUAAAAAGAGGCUCCUGUCUUAAUGAAUCAAGUGAGUGUAUGUGUGUGUGCGCCUGUGUGUGUGGGAGAGAGAACCGUACGGUGCCGUGAGCCAUGUUGACUCCACAUCCAGUCAGACAACGAGAUGACACAGAUAGCAGGGUAUGUAUGACGAGCCCCUGCUGCCCUGACACACGUGCAUAUACACACACUACAGGGCCUCUGCACAACCAGGGAUAGUGUAGGUGUGUUUAGACAGACGGCAGAACAAAUGCGUGGGUCAGAUCUGACUCACAUCUCAAAGGAGUGAUUACAUCAUCAAAGCAAAAUGUGCCUUGAUAAGUUUUGACAUUCAAAUCAAACAAACUCUCUAGCGACCUAAUGACGUUGUAAAAACAUCAUACUGUACAUACAUCUUUGCACGUUUUCAAGAAAUAAUGAUGCCAGAAAGUUAGAACUCUGGUGUUCCCUGUAGUGCCAGCGUCUGCUAAUCCUGCUUUGAUUCAUACACAGUCUCUAUGUAUGCGUCCAAGUAGGCACCCUAUUCCCUAUGUAGUGCACUACUUUUGACCAGGGCCCACGCGUUCAAAAGGUGUGCACUACACAGGGAAUAGGUUGCCAUUCUGUAGACAGCCUAUGGUUUAACAGACUGCGCUAGCUAGAUAAUCAAAAGUGAAUAGCUGCGAUAGAGAGAGAGAGAGGAAAAUAUUCAGCUUUCCUUCCCCUCUUUUUGUUUAACAUCAUCUCUCUGUCUGGAAAUCUACUGAGACUGACCAAGUGAAGAGCAGGGGAUUUUUUUAAUAAUUUUUUUAUUUCACCUUUAUUUAACCAGGUAAGCCAGUUGAGAACAAGUUCUCAUUUACAACUGCGACCUGGCCAAGAUAAAGCAAAGCAGUGCGAUUAAAAACAACAACAACACAGAGUUACAUAUGGGAUAAACAAAACGUACAGUCAAUAACACAAUAGAACAUCUAUAUACAGUGUGUGCAAAUGUAGUAAGUUAUGGAGGUAAGGCAAUAAAUAGGACAGUGCAAAAUAAUUACAAUUUAGUAUUAACACUGGAGUGAUAGAUGUGCAGAAGAUGAUGUGCAAAUAGAGAUACUGGGGUGCAAAUGAGCAAAAUAAAUAACAAUAUGGGGAUGAGGUAGUUGGGUGGGCUAAUUACAGAUGGGCUGUGUACAGGUGCAGUGAUCGGUAAGCUGCUCUGACAACUGAUGCUUAAAGUUAGUGAGGGAGAUAAGAGUCUCCAGCUUCAGAGAGUUUUGCAGUUCGUUCCAGUCAUUGGCAGCAGAAAACUGGAAGGAAUGGUGGCCAAAGGAGGUGUUGGCUUUGGGGAUGACCAGUGAGAUAUACCUGCUGGACCGCAUACUACGGGUGUUUGUUGCUAUGGUGACCAAUGAGCUAAGAUAAGGCGGGGAUUUGCCUAACAGUGAUUUAUAGAUGACCUGGAGCCAGUGGGUUUGGCGACGAAUAUGUAGUGAGGGCCAGCCAACGAGAGCGUACAGGUCACAGUGGUGGGUAGUAUAUGGGGCUUUGCUGACAAAACGGAUAGCACUGUUAUAGACUACAUCCAAUUUGCUGAGUAGGGUGUUGGAGGCUAUUUUGUAAAUGACAUCGCCAAAGUCAAGGAUCGGUAGGAUAGUCAGUUUUACGAGGGCAUGUUUGGCAGCAUGAGUGAAGGAGGCUUUGUUGCAAAAUAGGAAGCUGAUUCUAGAUUUAACUUUGGAUUGGAGAUGCUUAAUGUGAGUCUGUAAGGAUAGUUUAUGGCCUAACCAGACACCUAGGUAUUUGUAGUUGUCCACAUAUUCUAUGUCAGACCUGCCGAGAGUAGGGAUUCUAGUCGGGCGGGCGGGUGCAAGCAGCGUUCAAUUGAAGAGCAUGUAUUUAGUUUUACUAGCGUUUAAGAGCAGUUGGAGGCCACGGAAGGAGUGUUGUAUGGCAUUGAAGCUCGUUUGGAGGUUUGUUAACACAGUGUCCAAUGAAGGGCCAGAUGUAUACAAAAUGGUGUCGUCUGCAUAGAGGUGGAUCUGAGAGUCACCAGCAGCAAGAGCGACAUCAUUGAUAUACACAGAGAAUAGAGUCGGCCUGAUAAUUGAACCCUGUGGCACCCCCAUAGAGACUGCCAGAGGUCCAGACAACAGGCCCUCCGAUUUGACACAUUUAACUCUAUCUGAGAAGUAGUUGGUGAACCAGGCGAGGCAGUCAUUUGAGAAACCAAGGCUAUUUAGUCUGCCAAUAAGAAUGCGGUGAUUGACAGAGUCGAAAGCAUAGCGGAGAAGGUACGGUGGGAUUCGAAAUGGUCGGUGAUCUGUUUGUUAACUUGGCUUUCAAAUACUUUCGAAAGGCAGGGCAGGAUGGAUAUAGGUCUGUAACAGUUUGAAUCUAGAGUGUCUCCCCCUUUGAAGAGGGGGAUGACCGUGGCAGCUUUCCAAUCUCUGGGGAUCUCAGACGAUACGAAAGAGAGAUUGAACAGGCUAGUAAUGGGGGUUGCGACAUAUUCGGCGGCUAAUUUUAGAAAGAAAGGGUCCAGAUUGACUAGCCCGGGGGGGGGGGGGGGGGGGGGGGGGGGGGGGGGUGACAGUGUUUCCUAGCCUCAGUGCAGUGGGCAGCUGGGAGGAGGUGCUCUUAUUCUCCAUGGACUUUACAGUGUCCCAAAACCUUUUGGAGUUAGUGUUACAGGAUGCACAUUUCUGUUUGAAAAUGCUAGCCUUUGCUUUCCUAACUGAUUUUGUAUAUUGGUUCCUGACUUCCCUGAAAACUUGCCUAUCGCGGGGGCUGUUCGAUGCUAAUGCAGUAUGCCACAGGAUGUUUUUGUGCUGGUCAAGGGCAGUCAAGUCUGGGGUGAACCAGGGGCUAUAUCUGUUCUUAUUUCAGAAUUUUUUGAAUGGGGCAUGCUUAUUUAAGAUGGAGAGGAAAGCACUUUUAAAGGACAACAAGGCAUCCUCUACUGACGGAAUGAGGUCAAUAUCCAUCCAGGAUACCCGGGCCAGGUCAAUUAGAAAGACCUGCUUGCUAAAGUGUUUUAGGGAGCGUUUGACAGUGAUUAGGGGGGUUCGUUUGACCGCGGACCCAUUACGGACGCAGGCAAUGAGGCAGUGAUCGCUGAGAUCCUGGUUGAAGACAGCGGAGGUGUAUUUAGAGGGUAAAUUAGUCAGGAUGAUAUCUAUGAGGGUGCCCAUUUUUACGGAUUUAGGGUUGUACCUGGUAGGUUUCUUGAUAAUUUGUGUGAGAUUGAGGGCAUCUAGUUUAGAUUGUAGGACAGCCGGGGUGUUAAGCAUAUCCCAGUUUAGGUCACCAAGCAGAUUCUACUGAGUUACGGUCCAUAUAAGGAAAUCAGUCAAUUCAAGUAAAUUCCUUACGCCCUAAUCUACGGAUUUCACGUGACUGGGAAUACAGAUAUGCAUCUGUUGGUCACAGAUACAUGUACAAAAGGUAGCGGCAUGAAUCAGAAAACCAGUCAGUGUCUUGUGUGACCACCAUUUGCCUCAUGCAGCGCGACACAUCUCCUUCGCAUCGACGAUCCCCCUGAAACACACACUAAAUCCUUACUGGAGGCUGCUUAGUCUUUGAAACACGGAGAUAAGGAGAGAGUCAGUGGAUGUUACUGAGCUAUCUACUUCACCAGGUUAAUCUAUGAGUAAUGUAUUUUUAUUUUUCCUUUAUUUAACUAGGCAAGUCAGUUAAGAACAAAUUCUUAUUUACAAUGACGGCCUACACUGGCCAAACCCGGACGACGCUGGGCCAAUUGUGCGCCUCCCUAUGGGACUCCCAAUCACGGCCGGUUGUGAUACAGCCUGGAAUCGAACCAGGGGUCUGUAGUGACGCCUCAAGCACUGAGAUGCAGUGCCUUAGACCAUUGCGCCACUCGGGAGCCCUAAUAACUCUGAUGGCUGGAAAACUAUGCCUUACCUAAACUUAGCUUGAGAUCUCUGAUGGUCGGUGAACUAAGCCUUAACUAAACUUAGCUUGAGACGGUUCUUUCACAUCGUACAGAUAUGCUCUGUGUGUGUUUAAAGUGUGGGGGUUGCUUUUUUGAACAACUUACCCCUUGAAGUAAUUGGUCCACUGGUCCAGACCAGAGCCAUGUAUUUAUUUUAUUCUUAAUACAUGGCUCUGGUCCAGACCCCUGGUAGGUCAAGCCAGUUAUUCUUGGCAAGACUGAGUUGUGGCUUGAAAAAUGGUUCUCUCUAUUUGGUGGCUCACAAGAUCAUUCAAAAGGCUUUUAACUGGCCCACAAUCACAAAUCAGAGAAGUUUGGGAACCAGCUACUUCUCUAACUGUCCAGUGUUGGUCUCUGUCCAUUAGGACCUGAAGGAGGAGACUACUUCUCUAACUGUCCAGUGUUGGUCUCUGUCCUUUAGGACCCGAAGGAGGAGACUACUUAUCUAACUGUCCAGUGUUGUUAUCUGUCCAUUAGGACCUGAAGGAGGAGACUACUUCUCUAACUGUCCAGUGUUGGUCUCUGUCCUUUAGGACCUGAAGGAGGAGACUACUUCUCUAACUGUCCAGUGUUGGUCUCUGUCCAUUAGGACCUGAAGGAGGAGACUACUUCUCUAACUGUCCAGUGUUGGUCUCUGUCCAGUAGGACCUGAAGGAGGAGACUACUUCUCUAACUGUCCAGUGUUGGUCUCUGUCCUUUAGGACCUGAAGGAGGAGACUACUUCUCUAACUGUCCAGUGUUGGUCUCUGUCCAUUAGGACCUGAAGGAGGAGACUACUUCUCUAACUGUCCAGUGUUGGUCUCUGUCCAUUAGGACCUGAAGGAGGAGAAUAAGAAGGCCAGGAUGGCAGCAGCCAGAGCAGUGCUGGAGAAAUGCACCAUGAUGCUGCUCACUGCAUCCAAGGUAGGUGCAUCCUACCACUACUGCUAAUGUAGUAGGUUAAACCUGUGUACUGGAAACACUUGAUACUGAAUGGGUGAAAUUAGGCCUUGUGAUGCUCAUGUGAAUUUCCAUUAUUUUUUUCGGCUUCAAUCCAGCCUAACUUCUCACUUAAAACAUAGUGUUUGUGUUUAAUGUAUAUGAGGUAUAGAGACUGUAUUACUACAGUUGAUUCCAAACAUGGACUGUUUCUUCUUCAAUGCCACACAAGCAGACCAAUUCUUAAAAUGUUCCCAAUGAUUAGCAAAAGAGCUGAUAUGAUUGGUGAAAAGACCAAUUAGUGAAAAAAAUAUCUGAAUUGGGCUGCCUGUGUAAAUGCAGCCUCAGUUGUAAAACCAUGUGUGUCUCUCACUGUAGACGUGUCUCAGACACCCGGACUGCGAGUCGGCGCGUAUCAACAAAGACGCCGUGUUUCACCGCAUGCGUUUCGCCCUGGAGCAGGUCAUCGAGAUCGUGACGGACGCCCAGCCCUGCGGGGAGACCAAGGUCCUACCCCUCAGCAUUCACACCGGCAUCAAGGACUUCAAGGUGGGACUACAGGGGAGGACUUCCUUAUGGAUUCCAUAUGUUGUUGUUUUUUCCUCCACUUUGCAUUGUAAUAUAGUUAUAAGUACAAUACAACAAUGUGUUAUUACACUGUGCUCAACUAUGUAACUACAUUGUGACGGUUUAGGCCUGGACUACCUUGCGUAAUUUGGGUACCAUUUAUGUUUACGUAGUCUGUCCACAAGAGAUUAGACCUGGACAUACAAACAUGAAGCACGCAAGGUGUUUAGAAUAAGUAAACUAUCCCUAGUCAACCUGAAAAACCAGUAGCUUGUUUUUGAACUAGAUAAUAGACUGCAACAGAGGUCAUAGAGCUUUCAAAUGAUAUUCUCUCACUGCCUGUGUCAAUUAAAUGGAAAUGCUUUAUUGUCACGACAAAGAAGUGUUGUAUUCAUUAUUGUGUCUCUGUCUGUGAUCCCAGUCCAGUGUGGAAGGUCUGCGUGAGGGUCUGUACUCGCUGCCCCACCAGGCUCUGUCUGGCCAGCUGGAGGCAGUGGUGGAGAGGACGGAGGACUUCACUGACUCGGCCUACACCAGCCACGAGCACCGAGAGGGCAUCCUGCAGCUCUGCCAGCUCGCCCGCCAGGACACUGACCAGCUCAUCGCAGCCUGGAUGGAGGCGGUAUGUGGGCAGAAACUGGGCAUACACACACAUGUAAAUAUUUGUACAUGCGUACACACACGCAUAGACACACUCGCGUGUAUACAUACAGUGGUGUGAAAAAGUGUUUGCCCCCUUCCUGAUUUCUUAUUUGUUUGCAUGUUUGUCACACUUAAAUGUUUCAGAUCAUCAAACAAAUUUAAAUAUUAGUCAAAGAUAACACAAGUAAACACAAAAUGCAGUUUUGAAAUGAAGGUUGUUUAAGGGAAAACAAAAUCCAAACCCACAUGGCCCUGUGUGAAAAAGUGAUUGCCCCCUACAACCUAAUAACUGGUUGGGCCACCCUUAGCAGCAACAACUGCAAUCAAGCGUUUGCGAUAACUUGCAAUGAGUCUUUUACAGCGCUGUGGUGGAAUUUUGGCCCACUCAUCUUUGCAGAAUUGUUGUAAUUCAGCCACAUUGGAGGGUUUUUGAGCAUGAACUGCCUUUUUAAGGUCAUGCCACAGCAUCUCAAUAGGAUUCAGGUAAGGACUUUGACUAGGCCACUCCAAAGUCUUCAUUUUGUUUUUCUUCAGCCAUCCAGAGGUGGACUUGCUGGUGUGUUUUGGAUCAUUGUCCUGCUGCAGAACCCAAGUUCGCUUCAGCUUAAGGUCACGAAUGGAUGGCCGGGCAUUCUCCUUCAGGAUUUUUUGGUAGACAGCAGAAUCACAGCAAGUCUUCCAGGUCCUGAAGCAGCAAAACAGGCCCAGACCAUCACACUACUACCACCAUAUUUUACUGUUGGUAUGAUGUUCUUUUCUGAAAUGCGGUGUUACUUUUACGCCAGAUGUAAUGGGACACACACCUUCCAAAAAGUUCAACAUUUGUCUCGUCAGUCCACAGAGUAUUAUCCCAAAGGUCUUGGGGAUCAUCAAGAUGUUGUCUGGCAAAAAUUAGACUAGCCUUAAUGUUCUUUUUGCUCAGCAGUGGUUUUCGUCUUGGAACUCUGCCAUGCAGGCCAUUUUUGCCCAGUCUCUUUCUUAUGAACACUUAUGAGUCAUGAACACUGACCUUAACUGAGGCAAGUGAGGCCUGCAGCUCUUUGGAUGUUGUUGUGGGGUCUUUUGUGACCUCUUGGAUGAGUCGUCGCUGCGCUCUUGGGGUAAUUUUGGUCGGCCGGCCACUCCUGGGAAGGUUCACCACUGUUCCAUGUUUUCGCCAUUUGUGGAUAAUGGCUUUCACUGUGGUUCGCUGGAGUCCCAAAGCUUUAGAAAUGGCUUUAUAACCUUUUCCAGACUGAUGGAUCUCAAUUAGUUUCUUUCUCAUUUGUUCCUGAAUUUCUUUGGAUCUCGGCAUGAUGUCUAGCUUUUUAUGAUCUUUUGGUCUACUUCACUUUGUCAGGCAGGUCCUAUUUAAGUGAUUCCUUGAUUGAGAACAGGUGUGGCAGUAAUCAGGCCUGGGUGUGGCUAGAGGAAUUGAACUCAGGUGUGAUAAACCACAGUUGAGUUGUGUUAUAACAGGGGGGGGGGCAAACACUUUUUCACACAGGGCCAUGUAGGUUUGGAUUUUGUUUUCCCUUAAUAAUAACAACCAUUUCAAAACUGCAUUUUGUGUUUACUUGUGUUAUCUUUGACUAAUAUUUAAAUUUGUUUGAUGAUCUGAAACAUUUAAGUGUUACAAACAUGCAAACAAAUAACAAAUCAGGAAGGGGGAAAACACUUUUUCACACCACUGUAUGUCGAAAUUUACUCAUGUAGAUAUGUACUCAUACGUCUACCUGAUUAAGAGCACAGGUACAGUAUGUAAUGAUUUAGCACGUAUGAAUAUGUACAUUGCACUCACACAUGUAGAUGCCCACAGAUACACACACUCCUUCUCUUCCUUUCUGUUGCUAGCUACAUUACCUUGUGUACUGUUGCUAGGUUUAUAGAUAAUGUGAAGGUGAAGUAUUGAAUAUCCAGCCUUUUCACACUACCCUCUCCCAUACUGCUAUACGGUGCUAUUUCCCUUCAUUCUUUAUAGGUCUUAAACCAGUCCUGGGCCCGUCAUAGCAUCUCAGAGUAGGAGUGCUGAUCUAGGAUCGGUUUUGCCUUUUAAAUCAUAAUGAAUAAGAUUAUAUGGACAGAUCCUAGAUCAGGACUCCUGCUCUGAGAUGCUUUGUGGAUACGGGCCCUGAAGUCAGCCUCGUUGUAUGAAUGGCCAUUCACUUGACUCCAUUGAUGACAUAGAACACAUUGUUCUCCCCGUCUCUCUGGACACCUCGAUGAAAGGAGUCUCCUUGGACUCCAUAGCGUGUGGGUUUCAUAUAAUGUGUUUUUCCAUCGUUAAGCUUGUAUAAAUGUGUGAAAGUAGAGGCCACAGUUCCAUGGACAGAUUGAAUGGAAUCAGAGCUACAGCACGUUGAAUGGUUGGCUCCCUAGCGAGACCCAUUUCUACAGUGUGUGUGACUAGCUAGAUCCCAGGGUCUGUUCGUUUUUCUCUACUUCUUUCAGUAGUAAUAGAGAGGGUGAGGUUGGGUGUUUUUCUCCACUUAUUUCAGUAGAAACAGAGGGUGAGGUUAGGUGUUUUUCUCCACUUAUUUCAGUAGAAACCGAGAGGGUGAGAUUAGGUGUUUUUCUCCACUUAUUUCAGUAGAAACAGAGGGUGAGGUUAGGUGUUUUUCUCCACUUAUUUCAGUAGAAACAGAGGGUGAGGUUAGGUGUUUUUCUCCACUUAUUUCAGUAGAAACAGAGGGUGAGAUUAGGUGUUUUUCUCCACUUAUUUCAGUAGAAACAGAGGGUGAGGUUAGGUGUUUUUCUCCACUUAUUUCAGUAGAAACAGAGGGUGAGGUUAGGUGUUUUUCUCCACUUAUUUCAGUAGAAACAGAGGGUGAGGUUAGGUGUUUUUCUCCACUUAGUUCAGUAGAAUCAGAGGAUGGGGUUAGGUGUUUUUCUCCACUUAUUUCAGUAGAAAUAGAGAGGGUGAGAUUAGGUGUUUUUCUCAACUCAUUUCAGUAGAAACAGAGGGUGAGGUUAGGUGUUUUUCUCCACUUAUUUCAGUAGAAACAGAGGGUGAGGUUAGGUGUUUUUCUCCACUUAUUUCAGUAGAAACAGAGGGUGAGAUUAGGUGUUUUUCUCCACUUAUUUCAGUAGAAACAGAGGGUGAGGUUAGGUGGUCCAGGCUCUGUCGUAGCCGGCAACGACCGGGAGACCCAUGGGGCGGCGCACAAUUGGCCCAGAGUCGUCCAGGGUAGGGGAGGGAAUGGCCGGCAGUGAUGUAGAGCAUGGCGUUUGCAACGCCAGGGUUGUGGGUUCGAUUCCCACGGGGGGCCAGUAUGAAAAAUAAAAAGAUAAUGUAAGUCGCUCUGGAUAAGAGCGUCUGCUAAAUGACAAAAAUGUAAAUGAAUUUUUUUUUGGUUUUCUCCACUUAUUUCAGUAGAAAAAGAGGGUGGGGUUAGGUGUUUUUCUCCACUCAUUUCAGUAAAAACAGAGGGUGAGGUUAGGUGUUUUUCUCCACUUAUUUCAGUAGAAACCGAGAGGGUGAGAUUAGGUGUUUUUCUCUACUUAUUUCAGUAGAAACAGAGAGGGUGAGAUUAGGUGUUUUUCUCCACUUAUUUCAGUAGAAAUAGAGAGGGUGAGAUUGUGUUUUUCUCCACUUAUUUCAGUAGAAAUAGAGAGGGUGAGAUUGUGUUUUUCUCUACUCAUUUCAGUAGAAAUAGAGAGGGUAAGAUUAGGUGUUUUUCUCUACUUAUUUCAGUAGAAACAGAGGGUGAGGUUAGGUGUUUUUCUCCACUUAUUUAAGUAGAAACAGAGGGUGAGGUUAGGUGUUUUUCUCUACUUAUUUCAGUAGAAAUAGAGAGGGUGAGAUUAGGUGUUUUUCUCCACUUAUUUCAGUAGAAACAGAGAGGGUGAGAUUAGGUGUUUUUCUCUACUCAUUUCAGUAGAAAUAGAGAGGGUGAGAUUAGGUGUUUUUCUCCACUUAUUUCAGUAGAAACCGAGAGGGUGAGAUUAGGUGUUUUUCUCUUCUUAUUUCAGUAGAAACAGAGAGGUAGUUAGUGUUUUCUCACCUUAUUCGUAGAAACAGAGGGUGAGAUUAGGUGUUUUCUCCACUUAUUUCAGUAGAAACGAGGGGAGUAGGGUAUUCUCCACUUUCAAUAGAACAGAGUGAGGUUAGGUGUUUUUCUCAUUAUUUCAAUGAACAGAGGGUGGUAGUGGUCCAGUUCCGUACGGCAGACGGGAACCCAUGGGCGGCGCCAAUUGCCCAGGAGGGUCGAUGAUGUAGAUGGGUGCCAUGGGAUCAGGCGGAAGUGAGCUGAUAGAGCGUUGCUAAAUGACAAAAAUGUAAUGAAUUUUUUUUGGUUUUCUCCACUUAUUUCAGUAGAAAAAGAGGGUGGGGUUAGGGGUUUUUCUCCACUUAUUUCAGUAGAAAUAGAGAGGGUGAGAUUAGGUGUUUUUCUCCACUUAUUUCAGUAGAAACAGAGAGGGUGAGAUUAGGUGUUUUUCUCUACUCAUUUCAGUAGAAAUAGAGAGGGUGAGAUUAGGUGUUUUUCUCUACUUAUUUCAGUAGAAAUAGAAUGGGUGAGAUUAGGUGUUUUUCUCCACUUAUUUCAGUAGAAACCGAGAGUGUGAGAUUAGGUGUUUUUCUCCACUUAUUUCAGCAGAAACAGAGAGGGUGAGAUUAGGUGUUUUUCUCCAUUUACAGUGGGGGGGAAAAGUAUUUAGUCAGCCACCAAUUGUGCAAGUUCUCCCACUUAAAAAGAUGAGAGAGGCCUGUAAUUUUCAUCAUAGGUACACGUCAACUAUGACAGACAAAAUGAGAAAAAUUUCCAGAAAAUCACAUUGUAGGAUUUUUUAUGAAUUUAUUUGCAAAUUAUGGUGGAAAAUAAGUAUUUGGUCAAUAACAAAAGUUUCUCAAUACUUUGUUAUAUACCCUUUGUUGGCAAUGACACAGGUCAAACGUUUUCUGUAAGUCUUCACAAGGUUUUCACACACUGUUGCUGGUAUUUUGGCCCAUUCCUCCAUGCAGAUCUCCUCUAGAGCAGUGAUGUUUUGGGGCUGUCGCUGGGCAACACGGACUUUCAACUCCCUCCAAAGAUUUUCUAUGGGGUUGAGAUCUGGAGACUGGCUAGGCCACUCCAGGACCUUGAAAUGCUUCUUACGAAGCCACUCCUUCAUUGCCCGGGCGGUGUGUUUGGGAUCAUUGUCAUGCUGAAAGACCCAGCCACGUUUCAUCUUCAAUGCCCUUGCUGAUGGAAGGAGGUUUUCACUCAAAAUCUCAUGAUACAUGGCCCCAUUCAUUCUUUCCUUUACACGGAUCAGUCGUCCUGGUCCCUUUGCAGAAAAACAGCCCCAAAGCAUGAUGUUUCCACCCCCAUGCUUCACAGUAGGUAUGGUGUUCUUUGGAUGCAACUCAGCAUUCUUUGUCCUCCAAACACGACGAGUUGAGUUUUUACCAAAAAGUUAUAUUUUGGUUUCAUCUGACCAUAUGACAUUCUCCCAAUCCUCUUCUGGAUCAUCCAAAUGCAUUCUAGCAAACUUCAGACGGGCCUGGACAUGUACUGGCUUAAGCAGGGGGACACGUCUGGCACUGCAGGAUUUGAGUCCCUGGCGGCGUAGUGUGUUACUGAUGGUAGGCUUUGUUACUUUGGUCCCAGCUCUCUGCAGGUCAUUCACUAGGUCCCCCCGUGUGGUUCUGGGAUUUUUGCUCACCGUUCUUGUGAUCAUUUUGACCCCACGGGGUGAGAUCUUGCGUGGAGCCCCAGAUCAAGGGAGAUUAUCAGUGGUGUUGUAUGUCUUCCAUUUCCUAAUAAUUGCUCCCACAGUUGAUUUCUUCAAACCAAGCUGCUUACCUAUUGCAGAUUCACUCUUCCCAGCCUGGUGCAGGUCUACAAUUUUGUUUCUGGUGUCCUUUGACAGCUCUUUGGUCUUGGCCAUAGUGGAGUUUGGAGUGUGACUGUUUGAGGUUGUGGACAGGUGUAUUUUAUACUGAUAACAAGUUCAAACAGGUGCCAUUAAUACAGGUAACGAGUGGAGGACAGAGGAGCCUCUUAAAGAAGAAGUUACAGGUCUGUGAGAGCCAGAAAUCUUGCUUGUUUGUAUGUGACCAAAUACUUAUUUUCCACCAUAAUUUGCAAAUAAAUUCAUGAAAAAUCCUACAAUGUGAUUUUCUGGAUUUUUUUUUCUUCAGUAGAAACAGAGUAGGUGAUGAGAGGGUAAAAGACAAAUCAUCAGGGCCCAGUUUUUCUAUGCGGAUUUCAGCUAUCGGAUAGGAUUAAAUGCAUAGAAAUAGAAUGGGAGUCCCCAUUCAAGUCAAUGAUUCAUCCAUUCAAUUCAUUAUAUUUCUUUGCAUUUAAUCCUAUCCGAUAGCCAAAAUCCGGAUAGAUCACAUUUGAAAAACUGGGCCCCUGGUGAAUUCUGCUUGUUUGAAAGUUUUUUGACAUUGUUUUGACACCUUGCUGUAAUCCUGUCUGAGCACAGUGCCUCCCACCUGUCUCCUUGCCCUUAUAACGUGUGUCUGAAACUCUUAUGUUUUACAGAAUAUUGGUGUGGCAGAAGGGAUCUCUCUUUAACUCACUGACUCACUCACACACUCUUUCUCUUCCUCUCACUCUCUCUGCCUUUUUCGCUCUCUCUUUCUCUCCUUCUGUCUCUCUCUCUCUCUGUCUCUCUUUCUCGCUCUCCCUCUCUCUCUGACAGGGCCUGAGCAGGGCUGUGUAUUCUCAUAAUCUUCUCCUGCUAAGAAAGGCCACUUCCCUUCUCCUGCUAAGACAGGCCACUUCUCAUCUCCUGCUAAGACAGGCCACUUCCCAUCUCCUGCUAAGACAGGCCACUUCCCAUCUCCUGCUAAAACAGGCCACUUCCCAUCUCCUGCUAAGACAGGCCACUUCCCAUCUCCUGCUAAGAAAGGCCACUUCCCUUCUCCUGCUAAGACAGGCCACUUCCCAUCUCCUGCUAAAACAGGCCACUUCCCAUCUCCUGCUAAGACAGGCCACUUCCCAUCUCCUGCUAAAACAGGCUUACUUCCCUUCUCCUGCUAAGACAGGCCACUUCUCAUCUCCUGCUAAGACAGGCCACUUCCCUUCUCCUGCUAAAACAGGCCACUUCCCUUCUCCUGCUAAGACAGGCCACUUCCCAUCUCCUGCUAAGAAAGGCCACUUCCCUUCUCCUGCUAAGACAGGCCACUUCCCUUCUCCUGCUAAGACAGGCCACUUCCCAUCUCCUGCUAAGACAGGCCACUUCUCAUCUCCUGCUAAGACAGGCCACUUCCCAUCUCCUGCUAAGACAGGCCACUUCCCUUCUCCUGCUAAAACAGGCCACUUCCCUUCUCCUGCUAAGACAGGCCACUUCCCAUCUCCUGCUAAGACAGGCCACUUCCCAUCUCCUGCUAAGACAGGCCACUUCCCAUCUCCUGCUAAAACAGGCCACUUCCCAUCUCCUGCUAAGACAGGCCACUUCCCAUCUCCUGCUAAAACAGGCCACUUCCCUUCUCCUGCUAAGACAGGCCACUUCUCAUCUCCUGCUAAGACAGGCCACUUCCCAUCUCCUGCUAAGACAGGCCACUUCCCUUCUCCUGCUAAAACAGGCCACUUCCCUUCUCCUGCUAAGACAGGCCACUACCCAUCUCCUGCUAAGAAAGGCCACUUCCCUUCUCCUGCUAAGACAGGCCACUUCCCUUCUCCUGCUAAGACAGGCCACUUCCCAUCUCCUGCUAAGACAGGCCACUUCCCAUCUCCUGCUAAGACAGGCCACUUCCCAUCUCCUGCUAAGACAGGCCACUUCCCUUCUCCUGCUAAGACAGGCCACUUCCCAUCUCCUGCUAAGACAGGCCACUUCCCAUCUCCUGCUAAGACAGGCCACUUCCCAUCUCCUGCUAAGACAGGCCACUUCCCAUCUCCUGCUAAGACAGGCCACUUCCCAUCUCCUGCUAAGACAGGCCACUUCCCUUCUCCUGCUAAGACAGGCCACUUCUCAUCUUCUGCUAAGACAGGCCACUUCCCAUCUCUGCUAAGACAGGCCACUUCCCAUCUCCUGCUAAGACAGGCCACUUCCCAUCUCCUGCUAAGAAAGGCCACUUCCCAUCUCCUGCUAAGACAGGCCACUUCCCAUCUCCUGCUAAGACAGGCCACUUCCCAUCUCCUGCUAAGACAGGCCACUUCCCAUCUCCUGCUAAGACAGGCCACUUCCCAUCUCCUGCUAAGACAGGCCACUUCCCAUCUCCUGCUAAGACAGGCCACUUCCCAUCUCCUGCUAAGACAGGCCACUUCCCAUCUCCUGCUAAGACAGGCCACUUCCCAUCUCCUGCUAAGACAGGCCACUUCCCAUCUCCUGCUAAGACAGGCCACUUCCCAUCUCCUGCUAAAACAGGCCACUUCCCAUCACCUGCUAAAAAAGGGCACUUCCCAGGCACCAGUCAUCAUGUGAUUUAUGUGAUGACUACUCUUAUCUUUUUCCCCUCCCUUAUUUAUUUUUCUUUGAAUCUUUCCCUCAUCCCAGCUGUCUCUCAAUGCCAAAGAGUCCACGGAGGAGAUGGAGCUGUCCAUUCUGAAGACCUGCCAAAGUGUCCACGAACUCCGCAGAGAGGUGAGUCCUGUAACCCUGCGGUCUUACCCAGAAUGCAUCACUGUCUGGCAUGUCAAGUGGUUCAGUCCUAGAUCAGAUUUGUCUGGAGUUUUCUGUACUCUCCAUCUGGGUUGGGGAGUAACUGAUUAAAUGUAAUCUGAUUACAUAAACCUGUAACUGUAAUCAGUUAUGUUACCAGCAAAAAUAUUGUAAUCAGAUUAAAUACGUUUCAAAAAAACUAUUACUUUUUGGAUUACUUUUAAAUUCAGAAAGGAUGUUCGUGUAAAAAUACAUUAUGACACCUUUUCUGUUUUCUCAAUGCCAUUAAAUUCAGCAUUGAAAAAAAGAGCAAGUUUAAGUUUGUCCCACCUGAGCGAGUCUGACCACAAGUCAGAAACCACUAUGAUGACACACCUAAUGCCUCUUAAGGGGAAAGUAACUGAAAGUAAACAGAUUACGUUACUGAGUUUGGGUAAUCCAAAAGUUACGUUACUGAUGACAAUUUUGGACAUGUAACUAGUAACUGUAACAGAUUACAUUUAGAAAGUAACUGACCCAACCCUGCUCCAUCAGUUUGUCCAUAUCUCUUCCUCUUCUGUCUCUUUAAUAUUGCCUUAUCGCUCUCCCUCUUUACCUAAUCUCUUUACCCCUUACGCUCUCCCUCUCUACCCUGCCCUUUCCGUCUCCUCCUCUCUUCCUGUCUUACUAUUGUUUUCUCUUCCUAUUACCAUUACAUUACAUGUAUACACACAUUUAUCUCCCGCCGUCCAGCUCCAUAAGGUGGCGGUGGGGCGUGCGGCAGACCUGCUGAAGCUGCACGUGGAACACCUGCCUCUGCGGGCCCUGAAGGCCUCGGGGGGCGAGGGAAACGUGGAGGCCGUGACGGAGUACGCCCGCACGCUCGGCGAGCAGAAGGAACAGCUGGUGGAGGUUAGCGAGGCUUUCUGGGCUGGGGAGGUUAACUUAAGUCUGUUGAAUCUCCCUGAUCAAAUCACCAUUGUUGAUUUGAAUUUAAUUUAUACAAUUUUAUUGAACCACAAUUGUUUAUUCAAUUCAAUUAAAUCAAAAAAUGUCCAACAUCUCUAUGGCUGAGGUGUAUGGACACGGUACUAGUGAUAUGAGCUACUGGCUUUGGAAGCCUGCAUGUAUUUUCCAAUUGAAAUAUCAGGAAAAUAUGUCUUGAUCUGUGUGCUGCUCAUAUCCAGUCAUAUCGUUGUUAGAUGCUGAUGUUGUAUGUUCUGUUCCAGACGUGUCGUCUGCUGUGUCACGUCUCUGGGACAGAGCCUCUGGAGAUCACUUGUAUACACGCAGAGGAGACCUUCCACGUCACCGGCCCACAGGUAACACACUCUGACGGGUAACACACACUGACAGCUAACACACACACACACACUGAUAGGUAACACACACUCUGACAGGAAACACACUCUGACAGGAAACACACUCUGACAGGAAACACACAUGCUGAAGACACCGUCCACAUCAUCGGCCCACAGGUAACAGACACACACACACACUGAGGAUUGAUCAUGUCUGAUACAAUCCAUGUUGUGCCAGAAACUCCACCCUGAUGUUGUUGUUAAGCUGUAUAACUUCUCCAUUAUCAAGGUUCAGUUUGUCAGCACAUCCUCUGCCAUCUUGGUCCCCUAGAGCUUCACCCCCAUCCAUUAAGCACAGUCAACUAUUACAGAAACAGACAUUAAGAUGACUUCAUCUGAUACAGGAAGAAAUAACUCCGAAAACCACACGCACACAAGUCAGAGUUUAUCACCUCCAGUGUGUUGCAUUUAAUUGGCAAUUACCCACAGGUGUCUCUUUAUUACCAUUGAAAGAUAUGCACACGCACACACACAUCAGUAUUAUACCUCCCUGGGCAGAGGCUCCCCCUCUGUGACCUUAUUGAUUGGUUGACCUUUGAACCUAUGAGCUCAGUCAUUACUGCUGGGUCAUGCAGGGUCUGACACUCCCAGCAGCAGAUAAUGAAGCAUCCGUCCCAACGGCCUGGAAGACCAAACAUAAUUAGAAAACUGGGAGACAAAACGGAUUCCAUGCCCCCUGCUCUGCUCGCUGAAGAUAGUGUGAAAUGAAACCAAUCAGCCCCCACACUGAGAGGAAAUGAUCCGGUAUCCUGUGUCUCUGCUCUCUCAUAGAGUAGUUAAACAUUCUAUGAGACUGAGGCCUGAUUCCAUUCUAAUAAUUUUCUUGGAUCCUUUGUUGGUUUUCCCACAUAAUCAAAUCAAAUCAAAUUUUAUUUGCCACAUGCGACAAAUACAACAGGUGUAGACCUUACAGUGAAAUGCUUACUUACAAGCCCUUAACCAACAAUGCCGUUUUCAGAAAAAAUGUGAAGUAAAAAAUAGAUAUGUAAAAAAUUAAAAUAUAAAGUAAUUAAAGAGCAGCAGUAAAAUAAAAUAACAGUAGGGAGGCUAUAUACAGGGGGUACCGGUACAGAGUCAAUGUGCGGGGGCACCGGUUAGUCUGGAUAGCUACUGGUGUGAAUAACACCAUAAUAGCUCCACUUAAGGUGUGUGCAGUGCACAAGACCUGUGCACCUUAUCGAAGCACUUCACCACUCCAAAACUAAUUUAAAACAUAGCUACUUUCCCCAUCUCUCCCUCCCUCUCUCUCCCCCUCCCUCCCUCCCUCUCUCUCUCCCCUCCAUCCUCUCAGAUCAUCUCUGCAGCCCAGACGCUGGCCCUGCACCCAUCCAGUAAGAUUGCCAAGGAGAACCUGGAUGUGUUCUGUGAGGCCUGGGAGUCGCAGCUCUGCGACAUGGGUGUGCUGCUCCGGGAGAUCAACGACGUGUUCGAGGGCCGCCGAGGUGUGCCUGCCAGUGGUAGGAGAGGGAGGAGGGUGUGGGUGUGUAAUGGGCAGCCAAGGUGGGCCUCCCGGUCGUAGGAGAGGGGAGUGAGAGUAGGUGGUGUGGUGAGAGGAGCUGUCGCUUGGUUGGAGGGAUUGGGUGUGUUGGGACAGGCCUCCUGUUGGGAGGAGAGGGGGGUGUUGGAGGGGUGGGGGUGGGGCGGACCUCCUGUUGGGAGGAGAGGGGGGUGUUGGAGGGGUGGGGGUGGUGCGGGCCUCCUGUUGGGAGGAGAGGGGGGUGUUGGAGGGGUGGGGGUGGGGCGGGCCUCCUGUUGGGAGGAGAGGGGGGUGUUGGAGGGGUGGGGGUGGGGGGUGUUGGAGGGGUGGGGGUGGGGCGGGCCUCCUGUUGGGAGGAGAGGGGGGUGUUGGAGAGAUUGGGUGGGACCGCCCCACCAGGGGGACUGUGGGGUGGGGUGGUCCCCCUGGUGGGAGUAGAGGGGGGCUGUUGGAGGGGUGGAGUGGGGCGGUCCCUCCAGGUGGGAGGAGAGGGGGGGUGUUGAAUGGGUGGGGUGGGGCAGUCCCCCUGGUGGGAGGAGGGGGGGGGGGGGGGGGUGUUGAAGAACUGUGGGACCAGGAUUGGAUCUCACGCAGACAGAUGUUGCCAUACAACCAACCCCUGGCAUGGGGUUUUUGAUAGCAAAAGUUAAUAAGACUGUGAAGGAAUGGGUUAUUCAUUCAGUUAUGUCAAAUCUGAUGGACUCCCACCACUAUUAUAUCGACACCACACUGAAAUAACAUCAAUACCAGUAAUCACUAAUCACCACACAGAUUUCUCCCCACCUUCCUGCUCGCUCUCUCUCGCUCUCUCUCUAUUGCUCUCUCUCUCUAUUGCGCUCUCUCACUCUCUCUCACUCUCUCUCGCUGUCGCUCUCUCGCGCUCUUUCUCUCGCUCUCUCUCGCUCUCUCUCUAUUCUCUUUCUCUCUAUCCUUUUCACGGGCAGUUAGUCUUACUACAAGCCGUGGUUGUUUGUACCCUCCGUCUCUCUCUGAGCUGUGGUAGUCUGAAAUGUGUUGAUCCUAUUCAUAGACAGUUGAAUCUCUAUAACUGUGGUUGUUUGUAUUGUCUGACACAAGGCAGCGAUUAAAGCACCAUCAGCACGAUACCUCUCACCGAGUCGAAGGCACAAACCGUUCUGUUACAGGCCUGUGUGCUUGCGUGUUUGCGUGUGUAUCUCAACAUUGGGUGAAACCAGCUGUUUCUCAGCGCUCUCCCACUCCACAGCGUGAUUCCUAUAAUCCGUAACCUCUGUGGCGCGUCACGGUGCUCGUAUUUAUGGGCCACGAUCCGAAUGACACGCAACGAGAGAGACGACAUCCCCCUGCUAAAACCAUUGAAUAGAGAAGUGAUAAGGAUAAAUCUCCCUCCUUGGUGGAAGUGUUUCUGUAUGCCUGUGUAAGUGUGUAUGUGUGUGCGUGCGUGGAGGAGUGCGGUGCUGAAGCGACGUAGACAGUUAAACUUUUAUGUGAAGUAAUGGUCCUUUUACUGCAGCGCCUCAUCAGCCGUUAAACAGGUCAGUGAUGUUUAUUGGUUGCACUCCAUUUGAAGUAUGAUAGAGUAUGUGUUGGGGAUAAUCAACUGUAGUAUGAUAGAGAACGUGUUGGGGAAAAUAUACUGUAUUAUGAGAGAGAAUGUGUUAGGGCUGGGCGAUAAGGCCUAACAUUUACAUUUACAUUUUAGUCAUUUAGCAGACGCUCUUAUCCAGAGCGACUCACAACUCAUAUCUAUGGGCGAUUUAUGAUAUAUACACUACCUGUUAAAAGUUUUAGAACACCUACUCAUUCAAGGGUUUUUCUUUAUUUUUACUAUUUUCUACAUUGUAGAAUAAUAUUGAAGACAUCAAAACUAUGAAAUAACACAUAUGGAAUCAUGUAGUAACCAAAAAAGUGUUAAACAAAAUAUAUUUAAAUUUGAGAUUCUUCAAAUAGCCACCCUUUACCUUGAUGACAGCUUUGCACAAUAUAUUUUGAUUUGUGUAACACUUUUUUGGCUACUACAUGAUUCCAUAUGUGUUAUUUCAUAGUUUUGAUGUCUUCACUAUUAUUCUACAAUGUACAAAAUAGUAAAAAUAAAGAAAAACCCUUGAAUACGUAGGUGUUCUAAAACUUUUGACCGGUAGUGUAUAUCUUGGUUUUUAAAUGUUUUCUCUAAAUAAGCUGUAUUCUGCCCUGGAAUUGCAUUCCCAUGCAAAACUAGACAGAUAGCUAACAACUGAGUCUUCAAUAAAACUUCCAAGGCCUAACUUUUCUUAAACGAAUGUAUUGAAAACGUUUAUGUUGUGAAACUUCAAAAUACAGAAAUGAAUAUACUUUUCAUUAUACAUUUCAAGUUGAAGUUGCAUAAAUAUAAAGCACGUGCCAAAAUACCAUGUAUCUGACAUGACGCCAAACCAGAUAGAUAAUUACCAUAUGAGUAGUGGCUAGCCAACUCCUUUCAUUACUCUAACAACGUGCAAACACCUCUGUACAAUAACAAAGCAUAUUACACUAGAAACAGUGACAAACUAUAGCAUAGUAUGUUUUACAAUUCACUUACAUGACGCUCAAGCAAAUUAAUACAGCUGAUGGCAUACAUGAAAGGCAAGGCAAUUUGCGUGAGUAAAUGUAACCAACUAACAUUGAUAAGUAAGCAAUAUUAUCAUCACUAGCAAUAUGCUUGAAUUUAACUUACAAACAAAAAUUUCAGACACUGAAGCGUGACAAGAAAUAGCUGCACAGAAAGAACUGUACCAUAGCGUUGUUUUUAGCUGCUUUGUCUGCGUGCAGAAUGACUACUCUACUCUACUUCCGGUUUUUGUGCAGUCUUUCUAAGUACCAGAAAGCUCCACUAGGGGGCCAUGGAACACAAUCAAAAUCACUCUUAACCACUAUAAUAAAAUAAUCUGUUACAUUCUAACAGGAUGGCAGCACAAGUUUUUUACCUUUUUUUUGUUGCAAUAAUCACUGAUCUGGCUUUUAGGUCUGUCUAUAAAAAUUGCCUUUUUGUUACAAAUUUAACCAGAACCAUGCAUAAUGCACAUGCACAAAAAAUGUAGCAGGCAUUAUAGACAAUUAACACCGGUCUCAUAAACAAACAAUCUCUCAAGCACAAGCCCACGUGCUAGUGAGUAGCCAGCUAAUAUUUAUAUUUCCAGUUUAGCCAACUUGGAUCUAGGUAUAAUUUCACAAGCUCUGAAUUCAGCUAACAAGGCAAAACAGUUGAAUUGUUAUGAACACAGCCUUCUGUCCGUCUCCAACUGUUUGAACAGCAUGCUAGCCUGUCCACUUUGUUCAGAUGUUGAAAUCAAGUGGCCUACCUUGUUUCUCAGAAUGAGAACGAGUUGCCAAUUUCUUAUAUAAUUGUUUUAUGCUUAUUGCACAUUUAUAAAACAGACUAAACAGCUUGUAUAACAAUCUUUAUUUGACUAAAAUGCUGCUAGCGAUACAUGGUACCGUAAUGCGUGUGUGACAAAUUGAGCAAUCAUUUUACAGAAUGAAUGUUCAUUGGUAUAUCCGUUUUAGUAGUGUCUGCUCUGCUCAAAAUUUGAGCAGUUUAAACAUAAACAGGGUAUGGUUCGAAAGGUUAAAUGUAUGCACUCACUCACUAACUGUAAGUCGCUCUGUAUAAGAGUGUCUGCUAAAUGACUAAAAUGUCAAUGUAAAUUUUAACUUCCUCUAUUACAGUAAAAUAAUGUCUCCAUGUGUUUGUGUCCAUAUGACCGAUUCUGUUGGACCAAACCUCAAAUGCAAAUAGCGAGUUGAAACUGUUUGUCAGAGCGGAAGAAGUGAUCUCUCAUCUUUAUUGUUGUUGUGAGUGGUAGGGGGAGGGGCUUGGGAGAAAGUGGCGAUGUGAGAGGUUUCACUCUUGCCAAAAUCUGUCCAAAAUAAGCCCAAUUUGUUUCUAUGCUCUUAAUUUGAACCUAAAUUUGUGGUCUGCCUUCCCGCCUUUGGGACAACGACUCCCAUUGUUAGGGCGGAGACAUGAGCAUCUCGUCAUUAUAUACAGAUCUCUGGUGUAAAUGGGAAGGUGCACAGCACAGAAGGAGCGAAAGAGACAAGACCAAAAAGACAACAUGAGAACAAGCAGACAUAAAGCCUAGAUUCUGCGAUACAGGCAUUUGGAAUAUCGCGCAAAAACAUAAAUUCGAAGUAAUCGACUUAAUUCGAUAUAUCACCUAGCCCUAGGAUGUGUUGGGGACAAUCAACUGUAGUGUGACAGAGGAUGUGUUAGGGAUAAUAAACUGAAUCCCUCCCUUUUAGUAUUAUUUCAUUUAAUUGAAUGAAUGGCUGAAAACCAUUUGAAAUACAGUAUAAAAAAGGAGUGUAGGGGAUUUAAAAGGCAUACAAUCAUUAUUUUACCAAACGGACCAAUAUUUCACCUUAUACGAUGGCAUUGUUGAAUACUUGUUUCUGAUUGGCUUGAAGAGCAUUCUAGAGCGUGCAUUAUUUCCCUUAUAAUGCACGGCAUAUUUGAACGGUAGAAUUCAAUGGCUAUGGUUAAUUCUUACAUGUUUGAGCUGCUUUUGAAAGCAAAAGUCAAACUGAAAACAUUGGCAUUGUUGAAUUUGAUUUUCAUAAUGGCAAGCUAGGACUGAUGGUUUGGUCAGCUAAACCAGCAAGUUUGUUUGGUUACCACGGCAACUACGGUAGCUACAGUUGAAGUCGGAAGUUUACAUACACCUUAGCCAAAUACAAUUAAACUCAGUUUUUCACAAUUCCUGACAUUUAAUCCUAGUAAGAAUUCCCUGUCUUAGGUCAGUUAGGAUCACCACUUUAUUUUAAGAAUAUGAAAUGUCAGAAUAAUAGUAGAGAGAAUGAUUUAUUUCAGCUUUUAUUUCUUUCAUCACAUUCCCAGUGGGUCAGAAGUUUACAUACACUCAAUUAGUAUUUGGUAGCAUUGCCUUUAAAUUGUUUAAUUUGGGUCAAAUGUUUUGGGCCCAUUCCUCCUGAAAGAGCUGGUGUAACUGAGUCAGGUUUGUAGGCCUCCUUGCUCGCACACGCUUUUACAGUUCUGCCCACAUAUUUUUUAUAGGAUUGAAGUCAGGGCUUUGUGUUGGCCACUCCAAUACCUUGACUUUGUUGUCCUUAAGCCAUUUUGCCACAACUUUGGAAGAAUGAUUGGGGUCAUUGUUCAUUUGGAAAACCCAUUUGCAACCAAGCUUUAACUUCCUGACUGAUGUCUUGAGAUGUUGCUUCAAUAUAUCCACAUAAUUUUCCUUCGUCAUGCCGCCAUCUAUUUUGUGAAGUGCACCAGUCCCUCCUGCAGCAAAGCACACCCACAGCAUGAUGCUGCCACCCCAGUGCUUCACGGUUGGGAUGGUGUUCUUUGGUUUGCAAGCAACCCCCUUUUUCCUCCAAACAUAACGAUGGUCAUUAUGGCCAAACAAUUCUAUUUUUGUUUCAUCAGACCGGAGGACAUUUCUCCAAAAAGUACGAUCUUUGUCCCCAUGUGCAGUUGCAAACCAUAGUCUGGCUUUUUUAUGGCGGUUUUGGAGCAGUGGCUUCUUCCUUUCUGAGCGGCCUUUCAGGUUAUGUCGAUAUAGGACUCGUUUUACUGUGGAUAUAGAUACUUAUGUACCUGUUUCCUCCAGCAUCUUCACAAGGUCCUUUGCUGUUGUUCUGGGAUUGAUUUGCACUUUUCGCACCAAAGUACGUUCAUCUCUCGGAGACAGAACACGUCUCCUUCCUGAGCGGUAUGACGGCUGCGUGGUCCCAUGGUGUUUAUACUUGCGUACUAUUGUUUGUACAGAUGAACGUGGUACCUUCAGGCGUUUGGAAAUUGCUCCCAAGGAUGAGCCAGACUUGUGGAGGUCUACAAUUUUUUUUCUGAGGUCUUGGCUGAUUUCUUUGGAUUUUCCCAUGAUGUCAAGCAAAGAGGCACUGAGUUUGAAGGUAGGCCUUGAAAUACAUUCACAGGUACACCUCCAAUUGACUCAAUUGAUGUAAAUUAGCCUAUCAGAAGCUUCUCAAGCCAUGACAUCAUUUUCUGGAAUUUUCCAAGCUGUUUAAAGGCACAGUCAAUUUAAUGUAUAAAAACUUCUGACCCACUGGAAUUGUGAUACAGUGAAUUAUAAGUGAAAUAAUCUGUCUGUAAACAAUUGUUGGAAAAAUUAUUGUGUCAUGCACAAAGUAGAUGUCCUUACCGACUUGCCAAAACUAUAGGUUGUUAACAAGACAUUUGUGGAGUGGUUGAAAAACGAGUUUUAAUGACUCCAACCUAAGUGUAUGUAAACCUCCGACUUCAACUGUAUCUAGUAAACUGGCUAGCCACUUCAGGGGAUGUUGAACACAUUUCUACCAGCAAAUUAACACAUUUCAAAUUAUAGCCAUGGUGUAAAAGGGAUAAUCAACUCGAGUCUCUAUGCGUUCUCUGGAAAAUAAUGCAACUCUGUGGAAGGUCAGUUCCACUCCUUUGUGGAACACGCCUUACAUGCCGUUCAUUAUUUUCCAUAUAACGCACAGCCCCUUGUUCAUUUUCCCUUACUUGUGAUCCAAUGGCCAAAAUGUGACUUGAAAAAAUAUUUUUCCUCAAAAUACUAUUUAUUUCUGAUUUAAUAACAGGUGAUAAAAGAGCCUACUUGUCGCUUCCCAGACCAGGGGUGAGUAUCAGAAUAAACAAUACUAUGAUUGGUGGAUAUUUCCUAUGUCAUUCUGUUUAAAUGACUUUCCCUCACUUUCUCCUUUAAUAUCACUCAUCCUGUCAAACCUUUUCUCCCCCCAGAAACAUUCAGCCAACCUGAAGACGGUGAAAGCUGUUAAGCUAGAUACGGAGGUAUAACUAAACUCAUCAAUUACACAAUACACCUCACAUAGGGUGUGCCCCAAUUGGCACCCAAUCUCCCCACAUGGCCCUGGGUCAAAAGUACUGCACUAUAUAUGGAAUAGGGUGCCAUUUGGGCUGCAUCUACUACCUCUACUUCCUCAUCCUGACAGGUGCAUUUAUUCUGCAGGAAAUUAAUGUCUGUUCAAACACACUAUUGGGGAAUAAUGGCGAUUAUUGCAGGGACCUUGCAUGGUCUGAUAUAUUUUAGCAGGAGUCUCACUCAAAUCUAAAUCGAAUCAGAUUGUAUUUGUCACAUGCGCCUGAAUACAACAGGUGUAGACCUUACAGUGAAAUGCUGACUUACAAGCCCUUAACCAUCAAUGCAGUUCAAGAAUUAGAGUUAAGAAAAUAUUUACUAAAUAAACUAAAGUAAAACAUUUAAUAAAAAGUAACACAAUAAAAUAACAAUAACGAGGCUAUAUAGAGGGGGUACCGGUACCGAGUCAAUGUGCGGGGGUACAGGUUAGUCGAGGUAAUUUGUACAUGUAGGUAGAGGUAAAGUGAUAGUGAGUAGCAGCAGUGUAAAAACAAAGGGGGGGGGGGGGGGGGGGGUGUCAAUGUAAAUAGUCCGGGUGGCCAUUUGAUCAAUUGUUCAGCAGUCUUCUGGUUUGGGGGUGGAAUCUGUUAAGGAGCCUUUUGGACCUAGACUUGGCGCUCCGUUACCGCUUGCCGUGCGAUAGCAGAGAGAACAGUCUAUGAUUUGGGUGACUGGAGUCUUUGACCAUUUUUUGGGUCUUCCUCUGACACCUCCUAGUAUAUAGGUCCUGGAUGGCAGGAAGCUUGGCCCCAGUGAUGUACUGGGCCGUACGCACUACCCUCUGUAGCGCCUUACGGUCGGAUGCCGAGUAGUUGCCAUACCAGGCGGUGAUGCAACCGGUCAGGAUGCUCUUGAUGGUGCAGCUGUAUAACUUUUUGAGGAUCUGAGGACCCAUGCCAAAUCUUUUCAGUCUCCUGAAGGGGAAAAGGUGUUGUCGUGCCCUCUUCACGACUGUCUUGGUGUGUUUGGACCAUGAUAGUUUGUUGGUGAUGUGGAGACCAAGGAACUUGAAACUCUCAACCUGCCCCACUACAGCCCCUUCGAUGUUAAUGGGGGCGUGUUCGGCCCUCCUUUUCCUGUAGUCCACGAUCAUCUCCUUUGUCUUGCUCACAUUGAAGGAGAGGUUGUUGUCUGGCACCACACUGCCAGGUCUCUGACCUCCUCCCUAUAGGCUGUGUCAUCGUUGUCGGUGAUCAGGCCUACCACUGUUGUGUCGUCAGCAAACUUAAUGAUGAUGUUGAAGUCAUGUUUAACAUGAUUUUUGAAUAACUAACUCUACCCGACACAUACAAUUAUCUGUAAAGUCCCUCAGUCGAUCAGUGAAUUUCAAACACAGAUUCAAACACAAAGACCGGGGAGGUUUUCCAAUGCAUCGCAAAGAAGGGCACCUAUUGGAAAGAUGGGUUUUUUAGGAUAAAAAAACCGGAAUCGAGCUAAGCACAGGCAAAAUCCUAGAGGAAAUCCUGAUUCAGUCUGCUUUCCAACAGACACUGGGAGACAAAUUCACCUUCAGCAGGACAAUAUCCUAAAACACAAGGCCAAAUAUACACUGGAGUUGCUUACCAAGACAUAAUUUGGUAUUUGGUAUUUUAUUAGGAUCCCCAUUAGCUGUUGCAAAAGCAGCAGCUACUCUUCUUGGGGUCCACACGAAACAUAAUACAUAACAUUAAUAGACAAAAACAGCUCAAGGACAGAACUACAUAAAACAUUUUUUAAAGGCACACGUAGCCUACAUAUCAAUACAUACACACAAACUAUCUAGGUCAAAUAGGGGAGAGGCGUUGUGCCGCGAGGUGUUGCUUUAUCUGUUUUUUUAAACCAGGUUUGCUGUUUAUUUGAGCAAUAUGAGAUGGAACGGAGUUCCAUGCAAUAAUGGCUCUAUAUAAUACUGUAUGCUUUCUUGAAUUUGUUCUGGAUUUGUGGACUGUGAAAAGACCCAUGGUGGCAUAUCUGGUGGGGUAAGUGUGUGUGUCAGAGCUGUGUGUAAGUUGACUAUGCAAACAAUUUGGGAUUUUCAACACAUUAAUGUUUCUUAUAAAAAGAUGAAGUGAUGCAGUCAGUCUCUCCUCAACUCUUAGCCAAGAUAGACUGGCAUGCAUAGUAUUUAUAUCAGCCCUCUGAUUACAAUGAAGAGCAAGACGUGCCGCUCUGUUUUGGGCCAGCUGCAGCUUAACUAGGUCUUUCCUUGCAGCACUGGACCACAUGACUGGACAAUAAUCAAGAUUAGACAAAACUAGAGCCUGCAGAACUUGCUUUUUGGAGUGUGGUGUCAAAAAAGCAGAGCAUAUCUUUAUUACGGACAGACCUCUCCCAUCUUUACAACCAUUGAAUCUACAGUGGGGAAAAAAAGUAUUUAGUCAGCCACCAAUUGUGCAAGUUCUCCCACUUAAAAAGAUGAGAGAGGCCUGUAAUUUUCAUCAUAGGUACACGUCAACUAUGACAGACAAAAUGAGAAUUUUUUUCUCCAGAAAAUCACAUUGUAGGAUUUUUAAUGAAUUUAUUUGCAAAUGAUGGUGGAAAAUAAGUAUUUGGUCAAUAACAAAAGUUUCUCAAUACUUUGUUAUAUGCCCUUUGUUGGCAAUGACACAGGUCAAACGUUUUCUGUAAGUCUUCACAAGGUUUUCACACACUGUUGCUGGUAUUUUGGCCCAUUCCUCCAUGCAGAUCUCCUCUAGAGCAGUGAUGUUUUGGGGCUGUCGCUGGGCAACACGGACUUUCAACUCCCUCCAAAGAUUUUCUAUGGGGUUGAGAUCUGGAGACUGGCUAGGCCACUCCAGGACCUUGAAAUGCUUCUUACGAAGCCACUCCUUCGUUGCCCGGGCAGUGUGUUUGGGAUCAUUGUCAUGCUGAAAGACCCAGCCACGUUUCAUCUUCAAUGCCCUUGCUGAUGGAAGGAGGUUUUCACUCAAAAUCUCACGAUACAUGGCCCCAUUCAUUCUUUCCUUUACACGGAUCAGUCGUCCUGGUCCCUUUGCAGAAAAACAGCCCCAAAGCAUGAUGUUUCCACCCCCAUGCUUCACAGUAGGUAUGGUGUUCUUUGGAUGCAACUCAGCAUUCUUUGUCCUCCAAACACGACGAGUUGAGUUUUUACCAAAAAGUUCUAUUUUGGUUUCAUCUGACCAUAUGACAUUCUCCCAAUCCUCUUCUGGAUCAUCCAAAUGCACUCUAGCAAACUUCAGACGGGCCUGGACAUGUACUGGCUUAAGCAGGGGGACACGUCUGGCACUGCAGAAUUUGAGUCCCUGGCGGCAUAGUGUGUUACUGAUGGUAGGCUUUGUUACUUUGGUCCCAGCUCUCUGCAGGUCAUUCACUAGGUCCCCCCGUGUGGUUCUGGGAUUUUUGCUCACCGUUCUUGUGAUCAUUUUGACCCCACAGGGUGAGAUCUUGCGUGGAGCCCCAGAUCGAGGGAGAUUAUCAGUGGUCUUGUAUGUCUUCCAUUUCCUAAUAAUUGCUCCCACAGUUGAUUUCUUCAAACCAAGCUGCUUACCUAUUGCAGAUUCAGUCUUCCCAGCCUGGUGCAGGUCUACAAUUUUGUUUCUGGUGUCCUUUGACAGCUCUUUGGUCUUGGCCAUAGUGGAGUUUGGAGUGUGACUGUUUGAGGUUGUGGACAGGUGUCUUUUAUACUGAUAACAAGUUCAAACAGGUGCCAUUAAUACAGGUAACGAGUGGAGGACAGAGGAGCCUCUUAAAGAAGAAGUUACAGGUCUGUGAGAGCCAGAAAUCUUGCUUGUUUGUAGGUGACCAAAUACUUAUUUUCCACCAUAAUUUGCAAAUAAAUUCAUUAAAAAUCCUACAAUGUGAUUUUCUGGAAAAAAAUAAUCUCAAUUUGUCUGUCAUAGUUGACGUGUACCUAUGAUGAAAAUUACAGGCCUCUCUCAUCUUUUUAAGUGGGAGAACUUGCACAAUGGGUGGCUGACUAAAUACUUUUUUCCCCCACUGUAUAUGUUUUGACCAUGAUAGUUUACAAUCUAAGGUAACACCAAGUAAUUUAGUCUCCUCAACUUGUUCAACAGCCACACCAUUCAUUACCAGAUUCAGCUGAGGUCUAGAACACGUGUGCAUACAUUUUUACGUAUGUUUUUGUAUGGGUGGUCCCGGGGAUCGAACCCACUACCCUGGCGUUACAAGCGCCGUGCUCUACCAAUUGAGCUACAGAGGACCAUUUACAAUACAAAUACAAUGCUCUUAGUUUUAGAGAUGUUCAGGACCAGUUUAUUAGUACCCACUCAUUCCAAAACUUCAUUAGCUGUGGUUGCUGAUGCGUGUAUGGUUGAAUCAUCAGCAUACAUGGACACACAUGCUUUGUUUAAUGCCAGUGGCAGGUCAUUGGUAAAAAUAGAGAAGAGUAGAGGACCUAGAGAGCUGCCCUAUGGUACACCACACUUUACAUGUUUGACAUUAGAGAAGCUUCCAUUAAAGAAAACCCUUUUGAGUUCUAUUAGAUAGCUCUGAAUCCAUGAUAUGGCAGAGGUUGAAAAGCCAUAACUCAUUCAAUGUGCCUGAUUGGCCUAGUUACAGGUUUGACUUAAAUCACCUUGAACAUCUAUGGCAAACUUGAAAAUGGCUGUCUAGCAAUGAUCAACAACCAACUUGACAGAGCUUGAUGAAUAAAAAAAUAAAAUAAUGUGCAAAUAUUGUACAAUCCAGGUGUGCAAAGCUCUUAGACUUACUCAGAAAGACUCACAGCUGUAAUCAUUGCCAAAGGUGAUUCUAAUUGUCUCAGGGGGUAGAAUACUUAUGUAAUCAAGACAUAUUCGUGUUUUAUUUUUCAUAUUUAUUUUUAGAAAUGUUAGAAUUUUUCUUCCACUUUGUCAUUAGAGUAUUUUGUGCAGAUCUUUGACAAAAAAAUACAAUUCAAUCAAUUUUAAUCUCACCUUGUAACCCAAUAAAAUGUGGGAAAAGUCAAGGGGUGUGAAUAAUUUCUGAAGGCACUGUAUAUGGUUAUGAAUGAUCAUGAAUCAGUAAUGCAAAAGUAUUCAUCCCCCUUGGCAUUUUUCCUAUUUUGUUGCAUUACAACCUGUAAUUUAAAUUGAUUGAUUUCAGGUAAUGGACAUACACAAAAUAGUCCAAAUUGGUGAAGUGGAAUUAAAAAAAUAACUUGUUUCAAAACAUUCUACAAAAUAAAUAAUGGAAAAGUGGUGCGUGAAUAUGUAUUCACCCCCUUUGCUAUGAAGCCCCUAAAUAAGAUCUGGUGCAACCAGUUACCUUCAGAAGUCACAUAAUUAGUUAAAUAAACUCCACCUGUGUGCAAUCUAAGUGUAUAUAUACACCUGUUCUGAAAGGCCCCAGAGUGCAACACCGCUAAGCAAGGGGCACCACCAAGCAAGCGGCACCAUGAAGACCAAAGAGUUCUCCAAACAGGUCAGGGACAAAGUUGUGGAGAAAACAGAUCAGGGUUGGGUAUAAAAAGAUAUCAGAAACUUUGAACAUCCGACAGAGCACCAUUAAAUCCAUUAUUAAAAAAUGGAAGGAAUAUGGCACCACAACAAACCUGCCAAGAGAGGGCCGCCCACCAAAACUCACGGACCAGGCAAGGAGGGCAUUAAUCAGAGAGGCAACAGCGAGACCAAAGAUAACCCUGAGGGAACUGCAAAGCUCCACAACGGAGAAUGGAGUAUCUGUCCAUAGGACCACUUUAAGCCGUACACUCCACAGAGCUGGGCUUUACGGAAGAGUAUUUUGCAUCUUCAAAGUGGUAGGCAUGUUGUGUAAAUCAAAUAAUACAACCCCCCCAAAAAUCCAUUUUAAUUCCAAGGGGGUAAGCCACUGUAGAUAAAAAGCAAUGUAGUUAUUGCUCAUCAUGCCCUUCCCUUACGGAAACCACCCAAUAUGGUGGAAUCUCAGAAGGUUUGGGCUUGAUUAGUAGUGUUACUUGAAUGGGAGACCAUCAUUAACACUCUCUCUCUCUCUCUCUCUCUCUCUCUCUCUAAGGGCUUUAUUGGUAUGGGAAACAUAUGUUUACAUUGCCAAAGCAAGUGGAAAAUAUAAUAAACAAUACAAAAUGUACAGUAAACAUUACACUCACAAAAGUUCCAAAAGAAUAAAGACAUUUCAAGUGUCAUUAUGUCUAUGUACAGUGUUAUAAUGAUGUGCAAAUAGUUAAAGUACUAAAAGGAAAAUAAAUAAACAUAAAUAUAGGUUGUAUUUACAAUGGUGUUUGUUCUUCACUGGUUGCCCUUUUCUUGUGGCAACAGGUCACAAAUCUUGCUGCUGUGAUUGCACACUGGUAUUUCACCCAAUAGACAUGGGAGUUUAUAAAAAUUGGAUUUGUUUUCAAAUUCUUUGUGGGUCUGUGUAAUCUGAGGAAAAUAUGUGUCUAAUAUGGUCAUAUAUUUGGCAGGAGGUUAGGAAGUGCAGCUCAGUUUCCACCUCAUUUUGUGGGCAGUGUGCACAUAGCCUGUCUUCUCUUGAGAGCCAGGUCUGCCUACGGCGGCCUCUCUCAAUAGCAAGGCUAUGCUCACUGAGUCUGUACAUAGUCAAAUAUUUUAUUAAUUUUUGGUCAGUCACAGUGGUCAGGUAUUCUGCCACUAUGUAUUCUCUGUUUAGGAACAAAUAGCAUUCUAGUUUGCUCUGUUUUUUUGUAAAUUCUUUCCAAUGUGUCAAGUAAUUAUCUUUUUGUUUUCUCUCUCUCUUUCUCUUUCUUGCUCUCUCUCUUUCUCUCUCUCUCGCUCUCUUUCUCUCUCUCUCUCCCUCUCUCCCUCUCCAGGAGCAGAGCACCAUAGCCAAGCUGGGUCUAGAGCUGCGUCUGUUGACCUCCGAUGUGGACACAGAGGUGGAGAAGUGGGAGGACCAGGAGCAGGACAUCGUCCGCCAGGGCCAGAGCAUGUCCAGCAUGGCCUACUCCAUGUACCUAUUCACCAGGUAGACACCAGCUUCUGUCUGUCUUCACCAGGUAGCUUAUCUAGCCAUCAUUAGACUGUCACUCAAUAAUAAUAAGAAUAACUUCAUUUAUACAGUAUUGCGCUUUUCAAUGCAAGUAACAAAGUGCUUACCAUCAUAAAAGGGCUCCGUGUAGCUCAGUUGGUAGAGCGUGGCGUUUGCAACGCCAGGGUUGUGGGUUCGAUUCCCACGGGGGGCCAGUAUGAAAAAUAAAUGUAUGCACUCACUCUGGAUAAGAGCGUCUGCUAAAUGACGUAAAUGUAAAAAAUUAAAUAAUAAAAUAAAAGUACUAACAAAGACAGGAGGAAGGAGAAUGAAAAAAUAUAGAUAAUUAAAAUCAUACAUUAAAAGCAUCUUUAUUAAUGUCUUCAGCAAGCCUGAAGUAUAAAUGUCAAGUAUACUUUGCAUCAGCCAGGUAUUGACAACCAGCCAGGUAUUGACCACCAGCCAGGUAUUGACCACCUCUGAUAUGGAUUUAGAAGUAGAGAACACAGAUGCCAUCACAUAUCUUGUUGAUAUGAUGUUCAUAGUCAAUAUACCUCAUCAGUUGUUAUCAUCAGGUAAUAUUUCAUUCACUCUGUUCUGUUUUUCGUUCAUUUCCUGUAUCGAUUGUGCAGGGGGGAGGGCCUUCUGAAGACAACCAUGGAUCUCUUACACCAGGCUGAGGUAAAGUACUGUACCCGUCCCCCGUCCCCCACUCCACUCAUCCCUCUCCUGUACUUCACCCUCUACUUCAUACAGGGCUUUAAUUCAAUCUGUCCCAGGUGCCAUUAAACACAACCACGUCCCUGGGAGAAGAGAGGAUCAAUACAGUAUUAAAAGGCCCAAGACAAUCAUUUGUCUGUGGUAAGGAGAGGAUGAGUAGGGGAGCAGAGUACCCUGGCCCUGCACUUAAUGUAGACCGAGACGGAGAGAGAAAGCGAGAGAGAUGUGAUGAUGAUCUGCACUCGCUGUAGGAGAAAAGGGGAAAGAGAGAGGAAGAGAGACAGAAGAAGUGCUGAUGAGGCCACCUGUCGUUCAAUCAGCAGGGCCUUCAUAAUGCCACACACACACACACCACACACACAGAUACAGCCUAACCUUCCACUGUAGAGCUCCCUCUCUCUCUCCCACUGAGCAAUAAUGGCCUCUGCUAAUUCACUGAGGUGGAAAAGGGCAGCUGUUUUCUAUGACACAUUCACUACAACAUGUCAUGUCUUUUAGAGAUUGGUUCUUUACUUCUGUUUGGUUCAUCCUUGUACAUUCACAACACAAGGAACAUGGGUUUUUAGUUCUACCAUAUACUGCUGGUGUUCUACAUAUCACCCUUUAGGAUUAUUCUACUAAUCCUAAAAUAGUAGACAAUAGAAUAUGGAACAGAGUAGUAGAAUAUAGUAGAAAACGGAACGGAGUAGAGAACAAACUGUCGAGGUCCCCUCAAGUUUCAUGAUGCAACCAUACUUUAUAUAACUCUACCCUUUCACACAGCAAAAUGUAACUUGCAAUUAUUCUAAUUGGCUGCUUACCGAUUGGCUGAUUUUAAAUACACCUUUCAAAUGUGAAUUUGAAAACCUUACAGUACAGUGUACCGGUCUUGUUCACGUCAUCCCAGCUACUUCCGAUACAGCCAUUGGAAUUGACAAGACUUGGCUGAUAGAUUUGCCAGACCAGGGUUCUCAAUGUUCUCAAGUUAAAGUGAGCAAUAGCAAGGCUUUUGUUUUUUUUUGUUUUUAUCUUCUCUUCUCUUUUCUCUAUCUUAUACCUCUCUUGGGAAUUUUUUAACUAACCCUAAAUUAAAAAGAAAAACAAGGUGGAAAAAAAAAAGGAAGGAAGGUAGAGAAAAACAAAACUGUCGGGGCCCCCUAAGUUUUUCUUUAAAACCUUUUUUUUCUCUACCCUUUCACAACAAAAUGUAAUUCCAAUUUUUUAAUGGCCUGGGUUUAUACCCCAAAAUUUUUCUAUUUUAAAAAAAUUAAAAUUUAAAAGGGGUAAAAUUUGAAAAAAUUAAGAAAAGUGAGGUCUUUUUUUUCCCUCCCCCUUUUUCCUCCCGCGGGACGAAAGGAAAGGCCCGGGAUCCCCCGGGGGGCCCACGCAGGAGGCCGGCCGCCCCGCCCCAAACCAGGGGCGCGGCGAGGAGGCCGACCGGGGCCGCAAAGGGGGCCCCGGGCGGCGGGGCCGGAGGCCAAAAAAAAAAGGGGGCGGGGCGGGAGAGAACCCGGGCCGGGAAAAGGAAAGGGCCGGGGGGGGGAGCCAAAAGGCACGGGGGGGGCGCGCCCGCGACCUCUCACCUCGCGAGAUCUCACGGGGCUCUCGAAGGGAGGGA